AUGUCUGCCGCUCAAGGACUCCUCAACAGCGUCUUCUCCUGCUCCUCUCCUGCCUCCAAAGCCAUAACCAAACGGAGGCUCCGUCAGACCCGGAGCCUGGACCCUGCUAUCAUAAGACACUGCGGCAACGGGAGCGAAGGAUUGAGCGGCGCAUCGUUUGCCUUGGACACAGGUGCGUCCUCGGAGCGCUUGGCUGUGAAACCGUCUUUACGCACGAAGAUCCCAACACUCAAAGAGCCGAUCUCACCGUCAAUCUCCUCGCCUUCCAUACCUUUGGAUGUUUCCCCUUCCUCUAACUUCCACUUUGACUAUGAUUUCGGGAAGCGAGCAAAAAGGAAUACCGCCGGGGAUUUACCGUUUCUGGUACGGGGAUCAGGAGCAGCGCAGUCAGGGAGCACCGGAACGCUGUUCUCCCCGCGGAGGUGGCUCCAGAAGAAAGCGCAGCCGUCCAGCUCGCAGGCUUACGUCGUGUGGAAGUCAGAGGUAAACUUUCACACAUUGGCUCCGGUGCAGUGAUUAUGGUUUCCUGCAGGUAAUUUUAUCCCUUUUUGCAGCACACUCAGCAAAAGACUCACCAUUUCAAUUGAGAAUAAAAUAGCAAAUUGCAAUUUUCUUACGUCAAGUCUCCAAAUAUCUUCUGUACUCAGGAUUAAAGGCCAAAACCUUAAGACUUUGAUUUAUAAGACUCAGUCAGGAAAAUUGGUCAACCUGCUUGAACCAGCAAAUGUUUGACACCUGCUUGAAAAAAGUCCAACUCUUCUUUGUAUCCAUCAAUACAUUCAACAAACCCUCGCAUCUCUAGCUGAGUGCAAUCCUUGACAUCAAUAUUAGACAACAUCACCUAGAGUCAGCUACUUGUUUACAGUUUAAAAGCAUACAAGAAUGAGAGGAUUGAAGGUAAAGUUUUAAAAAAAAGGCCUUCGACACAGUAAAUGGUGAAAUCUGACAUUUCAACAUUUCUGUUAAAUUUAAUUCCCAUUCAAAUUACAAUUAACAUAAUAAACAGUGUGCUGUGAUCAAUAACACCCAGUGGGAAUUUUUCAAAACUUUACCAGGAAUCCCCCAAGGAACCAUCCCGGGCCCACCAUCUUUAGCUUCUAUAAUGACUUGCAUAUUGUUAGGUGUACAGGUAACAAAAUGACCUGCUGAUGUUGUGCAGCUUGAUUGUGAUCCCUGCAGAUUUGUGUUGCCAAUGAGUCACCAUAUAGUCAUAUCUUUGUAUUUUAAGUUGCCAUCUAUAGCAUAGAUAUUUGUGGGGAGUACAACAGCAUUUUUACUGAGGUCAAGGGUGCCAUUCAUUGGUCAGGUUACGAUGAGAGCCCCUUCUGCUGGAUCAAACUGCAAAUUACAUUAGAUGGGCUGUUAUACCUAGAAUGUCAACAUGAUUUUCCACAAGAUUGACUGUAUUAAUUUGACUUUAACUGGGGGACUGUUCAGUAGGAACAAGCUGAAAUGAGGCAUAUCUAGUGUGCAUAACAAUAAAAAGUGACAAGGUUCAAACCCUGGUCUUAGUUUUACAGUUUAUUCUACCUGUCCCAAAAUGAGUGAUAAAUAAAACACCAACCAACCACCAACAAAAACAACAGUAACCUCCUUCAGCAAGUCGUCUUGUAUUCUUUGAUGAGUUUUCCAGGACUUAGAUUUUAACAAUAUGAGAAAGUUGCUCAAAAGAAUAUAUUUGUGCUUGUUUUCAACAGUUUACUCUCUGUGACAGCUCUUGGAUCAAUUAGAGAAAGCAAUCAGCAGACUUUACACUCCAUUUGUUUCUCCUAUGAGUGAAACCCACUCCUCGCCAAGACACACAUCUGCUUAAAAUCUCUUAAGGUUUGAUCCCCUGACCUAGAACGCCUCCUCAGUGUUCAUACAAGACGUCACAACUUGAGAUGUGUGUGUCUGUGUGUGUUUGGUGAUGGUGCAGCCUAACUGGAAGAUUUACUGCUUUUGAAGUGGGAGUGUUGACCCCGCGGUGACCCUGCAGUGACAUCUGCACCUGGAAUUCAUCCAGAAUCAAACCAGUACACUACGACUGGGGCAGCUGUCUUGCCCAAGGGCAUACUGGUAAUUCAGUUUGGGGGGGGGGGGGGGUGAGGGAGCAUUGCUUUACCUCUCUAAUUUUCCGUGUGACGCUGAAAUACCUCUGGGAAAGCUAAAGUCAAACCUAUAGGACGAUUAAGUUCAUUAAUUCGAACAAAAUGUGCAUUGAAGUGCACCGAAAAUCCUCUUUAUGUUGUCGUCUCUCGGCCUUUUGUCUUCAAAUAGGCCUCAAAUUGAGUGUGAAUUAGGGGAGGGCAGCCUAUGAAAUCCUUAAGAAAACAUACUUGGGCGACUUAUUUUUAGCAGGGGGGCUUUAUAGGCUGCAUAUUUGGCACCAGUCCACAUGCACGGGUGAAAAGGCACAGUGAGUUUUCCAGCUUCUUCUCCCCCUUGUCUUCUCAUUUGCUUGUUUUUACGCAUGAAGUGUGUGCGUUUGCCACAGCCAGCCAGCGCGUGUGCACGCUGCUCAAGCUCAAGGGUCCUGAGGACACACGGCCCCCGGACUCGGUUCUCACGACUGCAAGUGGUCACAGGGUCAAAGCCGUGAAACCCUCGAACAGCUCUCCCAUCAUUCUCUAUUAGCCAGAGCAGCUCCGGCUCCACACUCACAGAUAGGCACGUCUCUGCACUCUCCUCUCUUCCUCUCCUCUGAGACUCAGAGAUGUGGAGAAGCUCUCGCUCAGCAGAGUUUCCCACCGUUGUAUGUUUUCCAUACACCCCCCCUCCCUUUCCUCAGAUACGGCCCACUGAGGAUAACAUGAGGCCAUCGGUUUGGAGUCAUUAACACAAUCUGGACCAUGAAGUUAUUGCACCUCAGAGUGUUUGUAAAAAAACACAGCCAGGACAUGUUAAAGCUCUGCUGGGAGGUUUCACAAACUGCUGGGUGUGAGGUAAAAUAGUUCAAACACCAGUCAACGCUGACUUUACAUCAGGAAUGUUCUGAAUCUGGCAGAUUAUAUACCGACUUCGUAGAAACUGAGCAUGCACCUCAAUUUACUUCAUACAUUACAGCUCCACAUGCUAUGAAUAACACCGUAGUGAGUUGUUACCCUGUGAGAUUACAAGUAUGCAACACUGUGAUAAAAACAGAUGUUUCAUAACAACCUGACAUGGAUCAAAAUUUUUAAUGGUAUAAACAUUUGAGUCAGCAGCAUACUUGUUAUAUUUCACCUAUAAUAAGUGAAUCAAGCUCCUUGUAAACUCACAUGAUUACUAUGCAAGUACCCAGGUUAUUCCUGCAUCUGUUUGCAUAUUGGGGAGCAUGUUGCACCAGUACUACAAUGCUCUUAAAAUAAAGGAAUUUGUUUAUUAAAGACAUGCCUGAUAGUGCGAUUUGGUGUGUGUGCCUAUUAGACUUGCAGACAGCUCUUGUGUGGAUACCCGUGUCAAGGGAAAAGGAGGGGAGGGUUUGAUAAUAUUUUCAUCAACCAAAGGGGGGUAAAGUUUGAAACCACUGCCCUAGAAGAUGUUUACUUGGUAUCCUGAAGUCUGUUUCCUUUUCUUGCACUGAAAAUAGGGCAAAAACUGCCUCUGUCAGCAUAAUUUGUGUAUACAGAGUCUGAAAAGGAACAUUGAAUCUCUAAGCAGAAAUCACAGUUUUUCAGUCAGACCAGGCUUUGAUUUUACACAGGCACAACCAUUGGCUUUUGGUGUAGCCAAGGCUAUAUUCCUAUAAGAGCCGUAGACACCCUGAAAGGAAAGCUAAGACAGUUAAAGCUCUUCAUGGUGACUGGCUACCAUCAAGCUUCUGUGCAUGCUAAGGCCAACAUAUGUCAAUAUCGGGUAUGUUGCAGGGCUUGACACCAACUUUUUUCACAAGGAGCACAUGUUUUCCUAAGUUGAAAAAGUUGACAAAGAACUUUAGGAAGCUAUUGAAAGGAAAACAGCCUUUUUGAGAACAUCAACCGGUAAUUUGUUGAUGGUCCCUUAUUCAACACCCGACAUUGUUGACAGCAAGGACCACGCUGGAGAGUGAGAACAGACCAGUAGAUCUGCUGUGAAUGUCCAUCGGAUAGCCAACCUAAAACCGACUUCACCGCAGUAUUUACAUGAAAAAACAUUUGUUGCCUUGGCCAAUUUUUUUUUUAUUUAUGCGCACAUGUGCCCCUAAAUACAUUUUACAAUUCGCACACAUCUACUUUAAGUCACAAAUGCAAGUGAAAUGGUCACACCGUCGAGCCCUGUGUUAUCUCCAAUCUUGGCACCACUUUGGCUUCACUUAUCCGCAAUUGGAGGAGGUGGAGAUGUCUCAUUCAUAUUUAUACACCGACACGAGCCAAUGGCAACCAUCAGUCUCUAUUUGGACCAUCUCUACCUGAUCAGCCAGCUAUUUGAGGUCCCGUUUUAUGGUUGUGUUUGUAACCCUGUGUUGAUAUGUGUUAGGGCAACCUGUGCGGAUGAGUCUCGUGCUUUGCCUUUUUAAGGAGGGAGACAAGAGCAGAGAGGCAGAGAGUGAAGAGCGCAGCAGAGACAAAGUGGAGAUGUAACAGUUUACACUAAAAGCAAGCUCUGACAGUUAUAUUGGCCAUGAUUGCUUAACAGCUGUUUCCAUGGUCGGGCUGUUGAUGUGGAAGCAACAAUGACGGGCAAAACUAAUCAUCAGAAAAUACCCUCUGUGUUAUUCCUGUAGGAGGGUCAGUGACUGGAAGCAGCUCUUUAUGUGGAGUGAUGACUCCAAACACGGGCAUCAUUGUCAACACGUGGUCUUGAGAAAUAGCCAAAGUAUAAAAACAGAGCUGAUUUUUACGUUCUUGUUGAUGCAGUGGAAUUUGUAAGUUUAGCGUGUGAAACUGCCGCGGAUAGUCCCUCAGCUUUCGCCAACAAUAGCUCGCUUAUAGGCGUGCAAACACACACACACUCAGGCCCGGAGAGGAAACAGUGGUCUGCUAAUUUAAUCCUGGUUGUUUAUUGGGCGCCACAGUGUUGACAUAGUAAGGUCUAUUUUUAGACUGUGAUACUUUUAAGAGAUAGACUUGCAGGGAAAAUCAUUCCAAUGAAAUCCUUAUCCUGGAAAUAAUAAUUAAAAAAAAUAAAGAAACAGCUCCCUGAUGCAACCUGAGUGCCAAAAAAGAUGGUAGGCUGUGCAAAAUGUUAAUAAAAGCAAACAUAGAUGGUUGGUAAACCAUUUUGGAGCCUAUUUUAAUUAGAAAAAGGAACUCCAGAGGGUUCAAAUCUCUUCUAAUUAAAGAGAACAGAAGUUUCAAUACUCUGUGAGGGAUAAACUUUUUCGCAACUUGUGUUGUAAAAUGUCGACAGUGGAGUUUCGUUGCUUUGCUCAGGUAAGAUCUUUGCAAUGUCGCAACAAAGAUCUGCGCUGAUAACAGAGUAUUUUAGGUUGUGAGAGCACAUCCCAAAAGGUGCAUGUGUCAACUACAUGUUCCCAAAAGUAUUGGGCUGAGAAAAUGUUGUGAAACCACCGAAGAGUUCGUGCGCAAAAGAAGCUUUACUGACCUACAUGCUCAUGAUGACUCAGAUUCAAAUUUCUUAUUUGUUUUUUCCCAUAAAUUCAAUAGAAGACGUCUUGUUUGGCGUUUUUUCAGAUCAACAUCCCAGUGCUCUCGUAACAGCACUUGAAAUGGAAAAAAAGGAUACUCAUGAAUGAUGGCUUACACGUCAUGUCACCGUAUCUAAAAUUCUCCACAUAUCCCUGUAUGAUUUAUGCAAUUAAUCCAUUACUGAAAUGCGUCACGGUACAAGAGCUUUGGAAACAUGUAAGGAAAAAAAACUUCAUGAAUUUCAGGUUUCUGAGCAAAAUAAACAAGAACUCUUUUAAGUGCUGUUCCUGUCUUGAAUAGUGUCAGCUGGCUGGUCUACCACUUUUGUUUGGACCUACAUAUCUGGACUUUUCCUGGAGGGAUUGGCACCACGUUUGGUAGGUCCAUUCUUGGUACCCAGAGUAUGAAGUCCAAAUACUUUUGGGAUCCAUUCAGCUCCACAAUGAGUUUCAAAUUUCACACAUUUAAACUUAAAUUUUUAUCUGAAAGAGUAACAACAGGUCACCAGCGACCUCUUAAAACACAACUCGGAAAGUUGAUUUUGAAGCAAGCAACACCUCUUCCAAGACAAAAAGCCAAUCUUUACUGAUUCAACCUUCUAGUUGAACGGAGAGAAGGGUUAGGGAGUUUUCUCUUCAAGGAAAGUUUCAAUGCCUUGAAAAUAUUCAGGUAGACUUGUAAAUGAAUGCUCAUUUGUUGACUUAAUGUAUAAAACUCUUGUAGUACGAAGCAACCAGAGAGUGAAAACGUUUCCUUUAAAGGUAGCCUUAAUAUUUCCAAUGUAAACAGCCCCACACCACCAUUAUUAGGUCCAAGAAUACAUUGAAGACAGUUUCUUGGCCUCCGGUUUGAAAUUUCGUUGAACACUCCCAUGAUUUAUUCUGAUCAAAUCAUACACACGGUAUGUAAAAUAUGUAAUUAAAAACAUUUAUGUUGCUGCAUAGUCAGACUUUGAAACCAUUUUUUCAUCUGCUGGCGUAAAGCUUCAUUUAUCAGAAAUCAUGCUCUGUGUUUGUCUUAAACAGCCGGAGCUGCUGCACAUGUUUGCCAUCGCUCAUGCUAUGAACCAUGGGAGCUGGGGCAUUCACACAGGUCAUGGCUCCCUGCCAGGAGGCAACAGCAAAGUUUUCUUUGCUUUUUUUUUUUUUUUUAACAGGAGCAGUCCACAUUUAAGUAUUUCAAAUAACAACAACACAUGGUGUGAGUAUGGAAAAAUGCUGGAGCGAAUUCUCUUAUCUGGACUUUGCAUCUUAUCAGCGGUUACUUGUUAGGAGGGAAAUUUUGGCUUCGGAUGAGAGGAUUGUUGGAGCAAGAUCUUGGAAAGCACUGUUAUUUCAUUUUCAAAAGUUCUCUUUGAUGUCGAUGUAUGGGGUCCUCAGCAAUUUCUCUGUCGUUGUUCUCCGCUUAUCUGGUUUGGAAAUCAUUUUAAAAUACCCAAGAAAAAAAAAGCAGUCACAGUUUUCAGAUUGUGACGCCGAAGAGUCUCAUUUGGGUGAUCUAGAGCCACAAAAUAUCCUGUAUUCUUACAUCAGAGACAGAGAAAAGAUUUGAGAAUCUACUGUCAAGGGAUUUUUUUUUUUAUAACUUCAUCCAGGAGUUCAAUAACUAAAAUUUGAAAAGAUUACCUUUUCAAAUGGAGUUGUCGACAUCUGUUUAAGCCCUCUUCUAAAUGAAAACCACUAUGUAACAGUGAAAGUGUGAAGAUACAACUCCAAAUCCCAAAAGAACAGAUAUAAAAUGUAGAUAUAACAGAAUUGUAUAUUUCGCAAAUCCUGGUUGUUCCCCUAUUUUUUAGAGUGAAUUUCCUAAAAGAAUCUCACAUGGCACAAUUUUAACUUUGCCUCAGUCCAUCUUAAAUAGACGAGGGUCCGAAGACAUUACAACAACUCCAACUCAUGUUCAAACAUGUUUUUCUUGUGUUAUGUAUCAUCUCAAAGCAGUCAUGGAUGCUGUCUGUUAUUAAAUCGAGCACUGAUAACGAUCCCUCUUUAAAGCAGGAGACUUGGCACCCAUGAUUUCCAAGAAUCUGUCAGUUGGGAUUUGUCACCAUACGUUGAUUUCCACUCCAGAGUCAUGUCUGUGGGCCUGAAGGUCAUGGCCAUCCAGUAAAGUUAGAUUUAUUGGAUUUCUCCAGAUUAUCCAACUUAUCCAAUUAUCCUAACUUUUUUACAUUUCAACAUCUGAUAUGUUGUCUUUUUACUAUUUGCAGUAAAAUAGAAGGUUUUUAUGAUUUGCAAACCAUCAAAAUCUGUUUUUAUCAACAUUUUAAAGUGUCCCAACUGAGUAUAUUUCUGCUAGUUCUUUGCGUUUAUUAGAUUCACAUUCCUUUUAUGUAACAAAAAGAGAGUUACAAAUCUUUCACAGUUUUCCAAGUCUUUAAAAUCUCAUAAAUCUAUGUAACAGCAGUUGAGACUCUAUAUUUCAAAGAUUUCCUCUUUCAGUAUAUUUUCGGACCCACUGUACAAGACUAAGAGGCUUGAACUGGUGAACCAAACAGCUAUCCAUCCUGCCUUUCCUCCCUGAUUUCCUCCCUGAGAUCCCUCAAAGUGAGGAGGCUGCGUCGGAGGAACAAGACCUUGAUGGUGUGACAUCUUUGGAAUUCAAAAAUACACCCUUACUUUGCCUUGGAUGGUUCAGCCAAGAUUCAACACAACAGCUAUCUCGACAAAUUCACUUUCUACUAAGUAUAAGUCUGGCCAGAGUGGAUCAUAACGUUGAUAAAGAGGUCAAUUGAAGAAGUCAUCAGGAGGCUUGAUUAAAAUACUGAAAUUGAGAGUGAAGACAGGUUGAUAUGCUUGGCAAGCAGCGAUAAUUUCAUAUUUAGAUCUCUGCCAUUUUCUUCCAGUGUUCUUACACUCCUUGUUAUUGUAAAGACGGCCUCUGCUCAGUGUUCCAGUCCGACUCCCCUCCAGGGAGAAGCUCUGGAUUUACAAAUGCGAGCCUGCGUUGCUGUAGUUUGAUUACAGUCCUCGUUAAGUUUAAUGAGUCUGGUUGUUAAUAUGUACAACUUACCAACAGACUGGACUGAAGUCUGUUUUCAGUAACCUGAGGUGAACACUAAGAGCGUAUUUUUUUUUGCUGAAUGUAUUGGGCUUGGACCUCGAGUGACUUUUUUACAACUUCGGAGAGAGGACUGUCUUCUCCUGUUUUUGCCCUUGUUAGAUGUAAACCAGAAUGGGCAGCAAACACAAUGAGUCAAGGUUUUUUUACAGAUAACGAAACAGAAAUGCAACAUAGCCUAAAUACUGGAGGGAGUGUGAUAUAGAUCUAUUAAAAAGAAGCAAAAACAGACAGUCGUAUAACUGUAACCUGCCUUAGGCUUUGGCAUUCCUUGUGGAGGGGCAGGUCUGGGGGUCUUUGCUGGUGCUCUCCCUGCCUUUACAUGGCUUUCAUGUAUGUACAAGAAAGGGAGGGGACCCGCCCCCAGGCUUUGGUAGUCCUUGUACAAUCUCAGACUUUAUAUGCAAAAGUAAAGGUAGAGAAGCCACCAAAAGUCCAAACUGGAUACUAACCGUAGAUAUAGAUUGCAUAGAUCAUUUAGGAGAUAGGAUGUUUAUGUUUUUGAGUGUCAUCACAGUGACUUACAAACUCUACUGCGCAAAUGCCGGUUUCAGGAAUGGAAAAAAAGGAGGCGGAGCCAAGUUGUCCAUACUAUACACCAGAGGGACAUUUUUUUUUUUGAAAUUAUGAAAUAUAACCCUCUCUCUCCCGUUCCGUGUCUGAAGGUUACAGGAUAUACUAUAAUGGUAGAGCCCAGAGUAUGGAGUGCGGUUUAGAAGCUAAUAGGAUAUGACAUCAACAUAUGACACCAAUGAGAUGUCAGCACCUGAGAGACCUUGACAUACUGUAUAUAAUAUGUGGGAAAGAAUAUUUUAAGCCUCAUUUCAUUCUGCACAGAAACACGAUCCCUCUGUCAGGGGGUAAUUCUUGACAUGUACACAUUAUAUCCUGUUGAAAAGAACAUAUGAAUCAGCGGGGCUUGUUCGGCAGUGUUUUGCUUUAGCAAUCUCACAUCUCCUUUGGGAUGUUUUGUCAACAAUGACGGAAAAAGAGAGCAGCUUGAAAUAGAGACGGCCCAAAAGCAAACAUUAAUUUCCGCAGCCCAAAUCUCUCUCAGUGUCUUGUCUGUUGCAGAUUAAACCUCUCCACCGGUGAGAACGCACAAGUGUUGAGUUACUGUUAGUGGGAGGGAGUGUGUUUUGGUGUGUGUGGGAGGGAACCCGACGGCACUGGGUGGAUGAUCUAAUUGUGCACUUUUGGGUCUUGGAGGCAUAAAUGUUCCUCUCCCUGGGGUGCUAGUGUGUGUGCAUUUACAGUGACCUCUGUGUCCACUAAUGUUCUCUGUAAUGUGGUUUGUCAUGGGCCAGAGGGGAAGCAUGGAUAAGAUUAUCUCGCAUGUGCUUCGUGUGUUGGGUUUACAACUUCCCAUUCAAGUGCUGUGAACUAAAAACAAAACACUGAAUAUCUUUUGCGAUCUAUUAAUAUUUUUUUCCCCUCAAUUUCCUUUAAUAUUUCAUUUCAGAAAGACAUGAUAGGGAAAGUAUUCUAAAACAUUACCAGAUAAGAAAAGAAAUGCUUGCACAAUGUCUUGACACUAUAAACAUCCAUCAUCCUUCACCCCAUAGCUCAGCUCAGUCUCUGAUGUUGCAAUACUGAUAGGAUUAAGUUCAAUGUUGACCAAACUGUUUUUAUACUGAGGGGAAUAGAGAUAAGGAGGUUAUUAAAUGGACUGAGGAGCCAUUGGUGGGUGCUGAGUUGUAUCACCCACUUUCGCUGACCCUUGUCUGUUGCGGCAAAAACAUUUGAAGCCCACUGGGAAUCGAAACGACGACUUUCCAUCAACCAAGAGAGAGAUUGAGAUAAGGAAGUAGAGUCGAGGCUGGCCUUGAGCAUCCUAUCAAACAACUAUAUUAUAUGGGUGGGAGUAAAAAUCGAUACAGCAUUGUAUCGCGAUAUUUUGUCUGGCAAUAUAUCGUAUCCUCUUAUUUACCAGCUAUUGAUUUUUUGAAUUAAUUGUUAAUAUGAAGUCAAAUCUAUGAUAAUGGAAAAAUAAAAUCAACUGUUCAGUGAGGUUGGCAGAGGUGACAUCAUAGAGCAGGAGAAAGUUACUGCAAAAAAUAUAUGCAAGGUUAGCAGGUUGUGCUACAUGAAAAUAGAAUACAGCAUAAAUAAGACAAACAUAAAGGAUAGACAAAUGCUAAAUUAGCUUAACAGUUGAAAAAAUUGUAUAAAUCACAAUAUAUUGUAUCACAAUACUCACUAUAUUGCAAAAUGUUAAAAAUCGCAAUAAUAUCAUACCGUGGCCCAAGUAUCAUGAUAAUAUCGUAUCGUGGGGCUACUGGUGAUUCCCACCCCUACUAUAUCAAACCUAAACUUUGCAGCACUCUUAAGGUCCUUACACACCGGGAGUGUUUUUUUCGUGCGAUUAUUUCGGACAUCAAUAUUUUGAUUCGAACCUGUAUCCUGUCAAUACAAGCAUUCACAUCAACGAUGUUUUCCUGUUUUGCGAUAUUGCGUUCUUUUUUCGUAUCACGGUCGAAUUUUCUAAAGUUUCACAUGCUGUGUGUCCACUUCUGACCAAUCGGAUUGUGUGUUGUUGCAACGUCAGAUUCACCGGUAGAUCCAACAUGGCCGACCGGCUGAUUGUUUACAUUUCGGAGAACAGAGUGUUUUUUUGAUAAAAAGCACAAACAAUACAAAGAUAACGACCUGAAGGACAACUUGUGGAGAGUCAUAGCGUUACUCAUAUGACGAUGGUUUGUGUGCUUUAACAGUUUGCUAAACGUCUUUGUUUUAACUUUCAUCUGUGCUAAGUAACUUUAGCUCGUAAGCUAACCUGUUCAGAUACAACAUACCAUAUGUAUUUUCACUGUCUCAAACUCAAUCGCGUUGCUGUCACAGCAGCAUUAGGUCUCGGUUGUUACCUUACGUUUAUGGAUUAUAGUUUAAUGUGCUUAUCUGGUACUGGCCCCGACUCAGUACAGACGUUCCCCGUGUGUAAGGACCUUUCGGCCGAGUCUAUAAAUCUGCAUCGACUUUCCUGAGCAUGACAUACUUGUGUGAUGGAAUGCAACCAAGCCAUCACUCUGCAACCUAAAGCUCAGCCUAAAUGCUGCUCACCAGUUUCCAGUCCCAGGUUCAGAGCUAAAAAGAUGUAAUUUUAUGCUAAUCCUUUAAUUUCAAUUAAGAGAGUGUACAUCCUUUGUGUUUCGGUGGGUGGGUGUUUGUGUACCAUGACCAUAAGGAAUGUCAGGAGGACACCGUGUCUUCAUAUCCUGUCCUGCUGCAGAAAAAAUGAGCCCAAAGGAAUAAAAUCCAAUUUCAUCUCCUGAUUUUAUCAAGCUCCGGUUUUUAUCCGAAUGUUGGUUUCCGAGUUCAGGAAAGGACAUCCUGCCUACAGCCCUUGUAGAUGUAUAAAACUUUUUUUUUUUUUUAGCUUAUUUUUCUUGUUUCUUGUCUCAAAAUCUACCCUGUUUUAUCAGCGAUGGUAUCCAAACUUUAAUUACUUGAAAGAAAUCUUCAGCACUGACCUUGAAAUACUCCGAAUGAUGCUGUAUUUAGGCAGCAUUAACUGAACAUUCCUGAUCACACAUGCAAGAUUUAGGUGACUAAACCGGCUUGUAAAUGUGCAUACUUUGUUCACAUGUGUAUGAGAUCUAACCCUGCAGUAUUACUGAGCAUCUGCUGCUCAAAUAUACCCCCAAAUACUUGAAGACAAAGUUCAAAUAAGCCGUGGAUUUGCAGGAAUUGGUGCAUUUUGCCUCCUUUAAAUGUGUGUUUGUGUGAGAGUGGGGAGCUUUAGGGAAUUAUUUAUUUGGAAUUCCAGGUCAGAGCUUUCAUGGCGAGGCCCCGGGGCACCUCCUGAAAGAGGGGCAGCUACUGACCAAGUGACCCCGCUGACUUCCUCUCCUCUUCGCCCGCCCAUCCCAUCUUCGACCUGGUUUUAUUUUCCUUCACAGAAGCUGACUCCCGUCCGUUCCUCUCUCUUAUUAACUCACUUUACAGACAUCCUGGCGGGAUUCUCCUCCUCAUUUAGCCUUCCAAAACCAUUUCUUUCUAAUCCCCAGCUCAAGUUAAUGCAGCAACUGAAGCAAAAACAUGAGAUCACACCAGUUUGAUUUUACAAUCGAAGAAACAAGAACUGAGCAGGGGGAUCACAGCCUGACUUUGUUGGACAGGUUCACGUUCUCUUCCUCCAAGGACUACACUAAAAGCAUUCAGCAGUUUUCCUUUGAACCUGAGCUGUGGACGUUUAAAUCAGUGUCAUCUCUCAAAUCGGCGUGUAAAACUCCCUCACAUAGACGAGUGUUUCUGCAGUUUUUUUUUUUUAUUUGAAGUUAUUCCCAUCUUACUGACAAGUAGACGAGCCCAGACUGCCAAGAAAGAACUGUUUGGUGUUCCCCAUAGGAUCAACCUUUCGGGGCAAAUUCCACUUGAGGACAAAACUAAACGUUAAAAUCCAAAUGUGCAAUGAUGGAAGGAAAAAAUGAUCUCACAGAAGUAAAAGAGAGAAAUCACUGUUUAAAAGAGACAAAGUAACUUUAAGAACAACCGCACGAUGGCAAUACAGAGAGCCACGCGCUCAACCAAAAGCCUACUCUAUAGCCACAAAUGAUGCUCAGAACAGCACCUAACUUCAUCAACAGUACAUAAAGGGUCCCAGCCACAGCACUAGCCACCAAACAUCUUUUUAACUUUGCCUAAUUUCUUCAGCAAAGAGACUAAACACAACUCACCUACUCUCUUCCAGCAGCCGUUUGUUUGUAUGGAGACCUCUGGGCGAGUCCAUCGACUGCUGUGGGGUGACGCAGCCCAAGGAAGAACAUUUAUGAUCAUUACUUUAUCAUUUUCUUGAAGGCAUAAUCAUCAUAUUAAUCAUUUUGCACUGCAUGAGGAAAUGAUCAUAAAUGUUGUUCCUUGAGCUGCGUCCCCCGACAGCAGUCGAUGGACUUGCCCAAACAAACGGCUGCUGGAAGAGAGUAGAUGAGUUAGGUUUAGUCUCUUUGCUAAAGAGAUUUUUGGUAGCUAUAGAGUGGCUUUUUGGUUAAGUGUGUGGCUCUCUGUAUUGAUAUCUGGCGUCCGUUACUCAAGUUGGUAAAACUGGAGAAGCAAGUGGUCGUCAACAGUCAUCUCUCCACAGGAUGUCUAACUCGGCGUUACGGUGGGUUUGACCCUAACUUAAUUUUAAGCUGGAAUAUCCCUUUAAAACAGACAUGACUCUGGAGUGGAAGUCACUACAUGGGCUAACCGAAAUGCCAGUCCUAUAUAAAAUUGUGUUUCGCUUUUUUUCCUGAGCAGCGCUUAUUCUUUACUUAAUUAUCCAAUAACUGUGGCUUUAAUUUGGAUUUUAAUCAGCCAUUAACCAAGGGUGUGACUUAAGAUUGAUUUUAGCCAUAAAGUAAAUCCUCUCAUCUUGGAAUCAGGUGGUUAACAAGUUCGUAAAAAUUUGAAGUAAAGUGAGAAAAGAUGCAGAUAUCCUCCAUUAUUCGAGCAUCUGUUCAGCAUAGAAUCAGACCAGCUUUAAUUGUCUUUCCUGUUGCUGUCUAUCACUGCAGCCUCUGAGAGAGCACACCCUUGACAUCCAAGUAUAAGUAUAAAUAUGACCUUGGGCCUUGAAAAGUAAAGUGAUUUAAACUGGAGGACCCCCUCUUCCAAAUCGGUCAGACAGUGAGGAAUCAAAACAGAAAGAGACAGCAGGCGUUUUAGACUCCGCCGAGCCUCUCCACGGCUAUAAAUAGAAAAAUAGCUCAGUGGAGGAACACUUGAGUUCCAGAGGCCAGGCCAGGCCAGGCGGGGGGAGCUGUAUUGGUUGCAGGUGUGGGUGUUUGCGUGUGUGUGUAUGUGUGUGUUUGGGACUGUGCUGCUUAUGCAUAAAGCUCUACUUAUUAUGUGAUGUGUGUUUGAUUAAAGCGCGGGGGGAAUGAAUAGUGCGAAGACUGCAGUAACAAUGAGAGGAAACCACUUCUACUUUUUUAGACAUCGGCUCAUCAGAAAGGCAUUAUAAUGAGAGUGCUGCUUCAAGAGAGCUGGAGAUAGAGGCUUUCAGCGCCAUCUUGUGGACAUUUGGGAGAACUGCGUUAACAUGUUUCUAAACAGGAUCAUUGUUUUGAAUCAUAUCUUCUCUUAACAACCUGCUGUAAUCUUUUGGAAACCAAGGAGGCCUUUUUCUUACUUGAAGUUAGAUUUCAGCUGCCCCACAAUUUGGAAUCUCUUUUAGUCAGCACUGUAAGAACUGUGCUGACUCUUCUACUUCUGAGCCAUGCUGGUGCAAUAUGUACAGAAAUACACAUGUUACUCCAGAAACUGUACAUAUGAAGUCCCUGUCAUUUCUGGAUCACAAAUUUUAAUCAAACUUUAUUUUUAGAGCACCUUUCAUAUAUAGAAUGUGGCACAAAGUGUUGUCCAUUCAUGCAGGAUAUAUAUAAAAAACAACAACAAUGAAAACCCCCAUUCAACACAUACAGCACUCACACGCUCACUCACACAGAUGCAUAUGUAAAAGACCAGGUGAGGACUCUUCAACUUGCCACAGAUGACUGAGGAAACGCUAUCUUGGGUUAAAAGAAAUGAGGAAACACUGAGGACUAAAAUUAUAACUCCAUGAUAAAAUAUAAAAAUAGUAAAAAAAGUAAAAUAUAGAAAAAAUAAAAAAAUAGUCUUAAAAUCAAACAAUAACAUAAAGUAAAUUAAAAAAAAUAAUAAAAUAUGAAUGUUGCUGAUUGCUUGCUUCUCUAGUUAAACCAACUUUAGUAACGACCGACCGCACAAUAGCAAUACAGAGAGCCACGUGCUCAACCAAAACGCCACUUUAUAGCCACAAAUAAUACUCAGAACAGCACCUAAUUUCAUCAACAGUACAUAUAGGGUCCCAGCCACAGUACUAGCCACCAAACAUCUUUUUAGCUUCGCCUGAUUUCUUUAGCAAAGAGACUAAACACAACUCGCCUACUCUCUUCCAGCAGCCACUUGUUUCAAGCGAGACCUCUGGGCAAGUCCAUCGACUGCAGCAUUUACUCAUGGAAAUGCAAUCAGACCAAGAAGCUAAGGCAGAAGAACUAAAAUGAUUAAUAUGAUGAUUAUUACUUCAAGGAAAUGAUAAAGUAUUGACCUAAUAACUCAAUUUAUGAAGUUAUUCAUAACUUAAUUUUACGCUGGAAUAUCUCUUUAGGACUGCUCUUCUGAAACUGUUAACACAGUCUUUCACAGAGAGGUGAAAUUCUUCCUAUCAUUACUUUUGGGAGACUCCGCCUCUCUGGAAGACCUUUUUUUUUAUACAAAAUGAUGUCACUAACCCUGUGUACAGUUUUUUUUUUCUUCUUAAACUUGUUGCCUGCAUCCAAUUUAAAGUGAGGAUAUACUUUUUAUAGACCUUUUUUUUUUUUUUUUUUAACCAUUUCACAUUUUUUUCUCACUGUUUUCAAUUACACAUAUGGUUUAAAUGAUUUACAAACCAUUAAAUUCUUAUUUAAUCAACCAUUUCCACUGCUUCUCAUUUGUUUUCUGGAACUGGGGUUGUAAAAGUUCAUUUUUUAACUAAAUUCAAUAAAUAAAACUGACUAUAAAAAGCCUAAUUUCCUCCAGUAGGCCAAAGCACAGUACAUGUGUCCCAUUAAAGCAUCUCUUACAGUGAGAGUAAAGAGUUGUUUUAGCCACCAGGGCGCAGCAUUUAGCUUUUUACAAACAUCCUCUGACUUGGCCUGACUUUGGGAACUCGCUGCAGUAUUUGCACACACACAUAAACACUCACACACACUUAAAUGAUGAAUCACAGGAUAAAUGUGGGUGGGCUGCAUUGUGGCUGGUCACAGCUGCGCACAUCUGUCUCCUCAGCCCCUCUGUGUCAUGACUAUCUUACCAAAACAUUAUAAAAGCCGAUAGCAGCUGCAGGCGGUGCAUAUUUCACAGCACUGAGGCCAAAUAUAACUGUUUAAAAUGCAGCAGGCAAGAAAACGUGGACUAUUUUCUCUUGGAAAUGUGUUAGCUUUAAAAGGAAAUUCAACAGGCCAUCUACAAACAUUUACCUUUAAACAUUUAUACGAUCAAACUGCAUGAAUUUUCUUACAAACUCCACCUUUUUUUUCUUUUUUUGAGCCAUUAAAGCAAUAAAACUGUCCGGUAAAUGUGCUUUUGUUAUUGUUACACACUUGCAAAGUAUGCUCAUAAGAGAUCUCCAGUGGAGUGGACUUGUUUGUACUGUCACCAACACCCACAUAUCAUCACACACUCACUCACACAUACACACACACUCAGAAACAUAACAAUGUGUGUUUGUGCUGCUUUAGUGGAGAACAGCGUCACUUCCAAGCAGAGAUCAUAUUCUCUCCUGCAGAGUACCUUCCCAGAACAUUAAUGUGGAUGUGUGUGUGCGUGUAUGUGUGUGUCAGGGAGGGACAGAUUGUGUGUGUAUAAGUUAUUAGUUUUAGAGAUCCAGUAGUCCCCACAUGAUAGAAAAAAAACAGCACUGCUGGCCUACUUUUUGGACUCAGAGUAGGAACAAGAUGUUUUAUAUUUGAAGUGUUUAAUGGAGGGCUUCAGCUCCAGUAAAAUCGGGCUUAAGCAAACAAACAAGAGGUGUAAGGCUCCUUUAAAAUCUUAUUUUCUAACUAAAACAUGUUUACUUAAAGCAGUGGUUCUUAAGUCCAGUCCUCGAGGCCCACUGUCCUGCAUGUUUUGGAUGUUUCCCUGCUCCAACACACCUGAUUCAAAUGAUCAGCUCGUUAUCAAGCUCUGUAAUGGCUUACUAACGAGCUAAUCAUUUGAAUCAGGUGUGCUGGAGCAGGGAAACAUCCGAAACAUGCAGGACAGUGGGCCUCGAGGACUGGACUUAAGAAGCACUGGAUUAAAGGAAGACAAGCUUACACACCAAACUCUGUUGAGUCAGGGUUUUACUUUAAUCAGCCACCUUGUGUCAAAAGUGUCCACCCUGGGAACAUCCAACCAAACCUGGAAGAGAGGGGUUUUAUAUUUCCAGGAGCAGCAACAGUAUCUUGUUUGCAAUAAACAGCAGAAGAAGAGGAAGAGGCGGGUAGUUGACGUAAGCCAUGAAGAAACUUAAAGAGACAAGCAGGCAGGAGUUGGAUUUGGUUGGUAUGCAUCACUUUGUGUGUCUAUGCUCAGCCCUCCAUCACACAUGCAGCUCUCACUUCAAUCAACAAGUUUUCAGCUACAGACAUUUUUCAAGUCCAUUUGGCAUCCCUUUCAGCUGUUGAAGUUAUAUUUGUGUUACCCUAAUUACUAUGUUUUAAAGUCCCAAUCUGUAGGUCUGCAGGUCUAUGAGCUCCACUUUGAAGUUUUCGGUUUAUUUUGGAGAAUCUGGUCGACCACAAUAUGCCCCUCGAUCAUGAUACCCCUAUGUUGUUUAUGGAGAAAUGUUAUGGGGUGCGCCUUUCCCAGCCCUCUGCUGAGCUGUGCCGAUUCAAGUCUGGGUGAGAACGGCCAAAUAGGUAAGAAAGCUGACAGAUUACCCGUGACUCACCCACAACACAAGGUGUUAACGACCUUAGAAGAAAGUAGGUCAAGAGCUCUUUUAAUGACUGCCCUUUUUACGAUGAUUAUUAGCAUACUUUUGACCCUCAGAGGCUCAUAUUUAUUGCCCUGUCAGAACUGAAUAAGGGUAUACAACAAGAGUCCUCCGAGUCUAGUUGCUUUUUGAGUGACACCUCCCAAAAUCAGGAAUGAAAAUUUCAAAGAUAUUCUCCAAACUAUCUCUCAGAGAUCCCCCAGGGGUCAGUUCUUGGUCCGUCGCUGUUUACUUUGCACAUUAACAACCAAACCUGAGAGCUGUCCGAUAGUUGGCUGCUAAAUGUACGCUUACGCUGACGAUACUGUCAUCUAUAUUGCUGCCUUAUAACUCCAGUCAGAUCAUUGACAUACCCUAAUACUAAUUUUCUGUGUGCCGAGUGGUAGAAGUCUGGUCUAUUUAAAAAACAAAAGCUGUGUAAAUAGUUGGUUCCUACCUGUUGGUUCCUUUAAGGUCAAUGAAAGGUGAGAAAUUGAUCACUUUGUUUCACAUUACACCCAAAACACACUGUGGCAAAACUCUUGCAAGGAUUUCUGACUAUGAAACUACGCUAAUGCAUGUCUCUUUCAAAUAAUAAAAGUGUCACCCCUUUAAAAAGAAGAUAAACAAGGCUGUUUUUUCCAGACUUUUACAGAGAUGAGUGCGCUUAAUAAGAUUAACAAUGAGGUGUGUCAGCCUGCUUUCCCGCUGAGAACAGCAAUUUGCUUUAAUUUGACCUAAUUGGAGGAGGUUUGGUGUUACAGAGCUGCCAGGUUUAAAGGAGAGCGUGGGAAGUUGAGUCUGUGUUGUUUUUUUCAGAGCAGAGAUCUUAAAGAAGAGACAGAGAGAGAGAGAAAAGAAGAUCGAAAGAGUAAAGAUAGUCAGAGAGAGGUAAUUUGUAGCGCGGACUCACAAACACACUCUCACACCUGGGUUGGAUUAGCUCGGGCAAGCAGGGAGGCUGUGUGUUAAUGGAGAUUUAAUAGGCUCUGAAAUGACUUACCGCAGUCAUACGCUGCGUGUGUGUGUGUGUCUGAGUGUGUGUGUGAGUUUCUGUUUUGGAUGUUUACCUGCAUAUCUUCAUGCCUCUUGGUUUUAUGAAGUUAUUAAAUCUUUCCAUUCGGCUGACAGAGGAGACAGUGGGCUAAGAGAAACCAGCAUGCAGGGCGAUCACAGCAGAACUAAAUCGAUGUUUAGAUUUGGUUCAUUGAAUGUGUUUACAGGGUUUAGUUGGGAGUCAACUCCGGAUUAAAGGAUGCUGGUGUAUUUGACUGUACGUUGUGGCUGCUUCAAGCUCGCUUCUGCUUGAUUUUGGAGGUUGACGUAGAUAGUUUAGAGAUCUUUCUUUCAACCCAAAAAGAUGACGUGAUGUCGUAUAAAUAUGUUGAGAACAUGUUGGCAAGUGGUAACGGUCAGGACCAUACUGCUACAUCAUUGCCUACUGUGUUAUGUAAUUUAUCGCAACUUUGGGGUCACAUCAAAGCUGUUUGAUGUUACAAAUCGUCACUCUAUUAAAAUAAUGGCCUAAGUCAUUUUUUGACAAAAAUGAGUUUUGGCCGCAAUCAUCUCUUGAUAAGGCUGGCCAUCUCUGGUAAAAUCGCCUAAAUCCUUAGUUGAAAGGAUCAUGCCAUGAUCCUUAGUUCGUCUUAUGUUGUACUCCGAAGUCGGAAUUUCCGACUCAGAAAGUUGGACAAUCCUCGUCAACCCCGACUUGACGACAACGUCAUCAUCCAAGAUGGCAGCGCAGUGCAUCAACAGUAAAGAGUAACAGUGAAAGCUCUCGUAAUGUAUUAUUUAUAAGCGCUUCUGUUUUGUUUUUUGUUUUUUUUGUAAAAUUAAAUAAGUGGUAUAUGUUGUACUGCCCAACGUCUAACUGUGAACACGUUGCUGUGGUGUUUGUAACAACGGCUAACAAUAGGCGUCCAUCUUGGUUUUCCAACUUGUUAACUGGAACGCCGUCAACUCAGAUGUAGCGUCAUUCCCAGCUCCAAAAUCUGACUUCUGAGGUAACUGGAACACAGCUGCAGUUGAAAGGAUCAUGGCAUGAUCCUUUCAACUAAGGAUUUAGGCGAUUUUACCAGAGAUGGCCAGCCUUAUCAAGAGAUGAUUUAGGCCAAAAACUUAUUUUUGUCAAAAAAUGACAUAGGCCAUUAUUUUAAGAGGGUGAAGAAAUGCUGAGACUUUAAACUUCAGUGCCUGCUUUUAUUGUAAUGGCCAAUCGACAUUGGCUGGGCCGAUACAGGAACUAUCAACUGUGUCUAUUGCAACGCCAGUGGCUAAAAUACAUGUCCACUGAAAGGUGGCUGGGCUUAGCUUUCGAGAAAAGUUCAGAGAGGCUCAGGAACCUGAGGAAGAGUCAUUCCUUCCCAUCAAAAGGAGUCAACUGAGGUGGAUUGGGCACUUGAUAAGGACUCCUGGAUGCCUCCCACUGCAGCCAGUGGGAGGGAGGCCUCGGGGUAGACUUAGAGUUCGCAGGAGGGAUUGUGUAUCCCAUCUGGCCUGGGAAUUUGCCAGUUGUCCUUAAGAAUUAGACGAGGAAUGCAAGUCACUGUUGGCUCAAAAUAAAUUUAAGACAUCUUUGAAGGGAAAUGGAUCGUGAAAAACUUGAAAAUCUGAAACAAAUGUUAAAUCAGGACCAUAAGCGAUGGCACCAAACCUCUUCCUGUUUGGCUUUGUUUCACAUUACUCUCAAGGAUUUUUUUGAAUCCAACUCUGCAGACUCUGACUGUGAGGCUCUACUGUCUGUUGCCGUGGCAACAACUCAGUGAUGUAAACACCACGCUGACCCUGGCUGCAGGAGUGAGAACAAAGACAGCAUCCCUCUGAAACGUAAGCAAUAAGAGAUCGUUUAUAUGCUCGGGGGCUCUGACGCAGUUUUUGACAGUUCUGGGAAUGAAGGUAUCAGACACGUGGAUCAUCCAUGAGAAUUAUAAAAGGUAUAAAAACAACAAUAAUGAUGUCUGGAAGUGCGUAACAUCAUUUACCUUAAACAUCCUUGUACCUUAUCUGACAUCAGUGCUCGGGUGAUUAGGAUCUGUACCGGUACAAACAACAAAAGAAACGAUCUUCUCAAAUUAAUCUCAAAACUGUAAAAUUUUGUGUUUUAGGUUAUAAAACUUUUGGGGAAUCCUGGAGCUGUUCAUAUAAAGUAUAGAAGGCUUUUAACAAUUCUGGUGAGUCUCAGUUUUACUGUAUGUAGCAGGAUCAACACAGGCCACAUACAUGAAGAAGAAAAUGUGUGAUUUACCUGCAACUUAACUAGAUUUAGGCUUUGUUGAUGUCAAACAGCACAAUUCCCAGUGAGUCUGAGUUUCACUAUCAUAGUAAGUAAUUCAGAGGCUCCACUCUGGCUUUUUUCGGCUGCAUAAAGGUCCUUACACACCGGGGCUGACGCGAAUAUAGAACACGAAAUUACAAAAUAUUCGGAGGAGAAUUUUGACGCGCCUGACUUUACACAUCAAUUGCGAUUUUGUAACUUUCCGGUGGGGAAAAGACACACCGGAAAAAGGCUUUUGCCCGGGAAAGUCCCGCCUCCUUCGCCUCUGAUUGGCUAGAAAAGCUGGAAAUAUCAUCACACGCUCAAGCCAAACGGUCAGCACUUACAGCCAAUCAGAGGCGAUAAGAUAAGCACAUGAAACUAUGGUAACAACUGCUAGCUUACGUUAGCACAGAUGAAAGUUAAAACAAAGACGUUUAGCAAAGCACACAAACCAUCGUCAUAUGAGAAAUCUGACGCUAUGACUCUCCACAAGUUGUCCUUCAGGUCGUUAACUUUGUAAUAUUUGUGUUUUUAUCAAAAAGCACUCUGUUCUCCGACAUUUAAACAAUCAGCCGGUCAGCCAUGUUGGAUGUACCGGUGAAUCAGACAUCACAACAAUACGCAAUCCGAUUGGUCAGAAGUGGACACACAGAAUGUGAAACUUAAGAAAAAUUCGACUGUGAUCUGAAAAAAUAAAUACCGCAAAAUCGCAGGAUGGGAAAAUGUCGCUGAUGUGAACGCUUGUAUUGACAGGAUACGGGUUUGAAUUAAUCACUGGACAAAAAAGGUCCCAGUGUGAAAGGACCUUAAACCUUAAAAAGAAACUUAUUUUCUUGGGAUUUACUUGCUCCAGUUGGAAUAUAAAUUUCUACUGCGUCUCAGUUUCACUGUUAAUAGUAAGCAGUUUAAAGGCUUCAUUCUUGCAGUAUGAGGCCAAAAUCAGUCUGAUUUCUGUGCAGUUUGCUCAUAACUUUAGCUUUUAUGCUGAAGUUGGAAUAUUUCAAGUUGGGUGGAUGAAUAUCUGUGUAGUGAACUGCAAAUAAAUUUCACAGAAGCUUCAAUCCAGCCCACUUCAGAUGAUGAUAAUUUAUCUUCUAAGAUUUACCAGCAGCUUAACUGGUUUCAAGUUUUGUUGCACACUCACACACAUCAAACGCAGCGUGCAUGGGGCUACAUAUCAGCCGGACAGGUUAGAACAGGCAAACACUUCAUGGUAAGAAUGACCUAACACGAAGAAAAACCAGUGUGAACCCAGUUUGUGUGUGUUAGUGUAUGUGUGUGUAGCAUAAUAUGAGGUGGUGGGAGUGUGGGUGGAGCCAACAGGGGAGUCGAGCUUGGAUUCCGGCUGCAUUCCAGAGCUGGAAAAAGGAGCUGGGAUGGAUCUGUCAACCCCCCACCUCCUGUCUUCCUUCCACUUCUUUCUUAUUCUGCUUUUUCUUUGCCUCAACUAAAGCGCACACUCACGUCAAAAACACGUAUACACAAAAACAGGGAGUCCGUCUGGUGGGGCUCAUGUUAAACCACAUGAUAAUUCUGUCUGCGUAAUGAAAAACCUCCUAAGAACAUGAAACCUUUGUGUAUCUGAGUGUGUGUACACAAAAAUCUGGAGUUUGAAUGUUAAAGGAGGUGUCUGGAGUUUUGAGGACUUGGAUGUUCUCAUUGGGGGGUAAGGAUCAGUCCGAUUUCAACAAAUUUCGUACUACUUACAGUCCAGUGACAAACCAACGAAAGAUGAAUCUUCUCAUAUUGGAAUUUUUUCUCAGUUUAAUUGAGAGUGAAUGCAAUGGACAUUAGUAACAUCCUAAACUCUCCUUCCCAAUCAUCCACAAAGCUAACAUUUGGCUUUUGAGCUGCCAAGAUUCCCAACGUUAUCUUUUGGCUGAUCAAGAUAAAAACUUGCAAAGGAUACCUCAGAUGACAAACCUGGCUCUCGAGCAAAGCAAUGAAACUCUAAAGCUACACGUGCUGCAUACUUGGAUCAAUAAACAGUUUUGUCUCUUUCCAGAUUAUCGGCCCGAACGAUGAAAGAAAGCAUUGCUGUCGUUUGUUGAUGGCGCAUUCCUAGAAGGCUGCUGUGUUUAUUCUGCAGACCAAAUAUUUGAACCCCUGAGCUGAGAAGAAACGAGGCCGCUCAGUUUGAUUUUGAUAAAGGUUUGAUGCGGUUUCGGUCCGGGUGAUCACACACAGUCACGUUUAUAGUGUAUAAAAAGCAACUCAAACACACUCUACAUGGUGUACCUGUGAGUGUAGACUCAACUUCAGGCAUGCACUGGAGGUAUGCAUACCUCCUCAAACACAAUCUGGAAAGGAACGCCCCAAAAACAAAAGAUUUGUCCUAAAACUGCGGCUUUCAAACUGCUUCUUCCAGUGAAACUGGGACUUACUGCAAGUUAGCAUACUUAAAACCUUAAAAAAUUAUGUUCUCGAAAUCUCAAAAGUUCUCAAAUAGCCUGGAAGUCACUUGCCGUUUACAAUAAAACUGGCACCCUGAUAGAGGACUCCAGAAGAAAAGUCUUUCCUCGGAGGCUUUUAACAAAUUUCCUUCAUACAAUUUCAUAUUUUUCUGCACCUGGCACCUGGAAAACCACGAGGCAAGUUCUUUAGAAUUGCAAAUGAAUGAAAUAGCUGCCAGAUUGAGUCAAUUAUCAUACACAAUAAGCAGAACACCAACACGCUGUGUAGUAAACAAGCAGUCGAGGCUGCGAGGCUCACACUCGUCCCUUUGUUUUCAUUAAAUUUGCAUGUCCUUGUCCUUCUGUGGUUCUUGCGUAAUUUCGUCUCAAAUGGAUUUGCAUUGAAGAGCAUGUGAUCAGACAAAGCACUGGCAAUACUGGGCAAACUCAUUUGCAUAGAGGCAGGUAAUUGGAUGGGCGCUCAGUCGUUAGCCUGUGUACACAGAGCAGUCAAGGUUUAUGAAAGUAGAUAGAAAAGGGAACAUUUCCCAACAGUGGAACAAAAAAUGCACAUUAACAAAUCUGAACUCCAAAUAUUGACCCGAUUGAUGGCAUAAUAAGACUCUAGAAACAGAUGUGGACCUCUUACAGAGUCGUGGUUGUCCAUUAGCUGUACGGUAGGCAAGUUAAAAAGUUCAAAAUGUCAAAGUAAACUUCAACAGAGUGAUUCAUUCUGGACUUUUUCUUGGCAGCAUCAACCCAGCACCCCAGGGGGUUACUUCCCCUUGCAGAUAAUCCUGCACAUAGACCAGAAGACACAUCAGAAAUGUAUCUCCAAGGCGAUAGAAGUCGGCCAUUUGGUUGGUAACAAGCUAGUUUACGGCGUGCUUAAAAGGCGCAAAUGUGCAAAAAUCAAAUGCCAAAAAAUGACACACAGUCAGUUCAGGGUUUCCAGGCCUUUGGGGGUCUUUGACAGCUGCCUGUUUUGCACAGUUGUUAGUGCAGCUUUGGCUAACAAUUGGAACCUGGGACACUCUGAACCAAAUAAAAGGGGAAGUUCUCAAAUUCAAUCUCAAUGCCAAACACUUAGCAUAAGCAAAUGAGGUGCAAAGAUGUCCCCCGAGCAGUUCCUGAUCGUUCUCAAACAUCCAUUUCUGGAGAUAAAUACUCGCAGAAGACCUCGUGCAAAUACACAAACAGUCACAGAGAGUGUUUUGGAGAGAGAUGCUAUCCUUCAGCUAACAGAGGCAAAGCCAAGACACUCAAGUCACAUCACUCAGUGGACGUUCUAUUUUAUUAUUCACUCUGCUUCACUCAGACGUCUCUGGAGAUUUGCUCCACGGAGAGACUCCUCUGCGCCUGUUCCUUUGGUUCGCACAAGAGUUGGUUCAAAGUUUUCCAAAAGAAAUUACUGGUACUUUUUAACACGUGGCUGUGCUGAUGUGUUACAGCAGGUGUGGAAGUGGAGUUUUCUCGCUCUUGGCGUUUUAUGAUUUAAGAAAAACAUCCAAAUUUGCAGGAAAAACCUCUUUGUUUUUGCAAGAGAAAGAAAAACAACACCACUGAUGCCUCUCCGAAGUUUUACGCCCCCUAAUUUAUCACAUGUCCGCUGUUUUCCCGGGAUACGUCUAGACUUCAUAACUCAUAUUUGGAGUUCAUUUUGGUAAGGCGUACUUGAGAACCCAGACAGUUCUGCGGCUAAUCCCAUGCUCAUCUCAAAUAACUCUCUCUAGAUCUGGUUGCUCUUGCUUUGGUGCUAUGGCAACAAGUAGAGGCUAUUUUCUGCUUUCCUGUCGGCAGUGAAAAUCAAACAUCACUUCCUCAGAUUUAACACUACAAACACUUCCUUGAAUUUUAAACAUACAACUUGUAACUUUUAAGAGAUGCGACCGCGUUAUAAAUCAUCUUAUACGGUGACACGUGAAUAUACAGACCGCUAUCGCAGAAACACACACCUCUGUGUUAUUGUGCUGUCUCACACAGCUGGCGAGAAGAGACGCCAUGGCAACUGUUGUGGCUAAAAACAUUAAGGAAGCGUGGGAGGUGGAGGACACUUUAUAUGUGCGCACGUGUGUUAAGGUGGAGGAGCUGAAGGAGGGAGCAUCUGUGUGUGAAAAGCAGCCUUUAUUAAACAGACAGCGGGGCCACUCAGGAGGCGAACAGGUUGUGUUUGUUCAAUCACAUUACCAUGAGAAAAGAUGACACCCACUUAGGAUAAACACACUUAAAAACGACAAAUUAGUUUUGGAAUAAGUGUAAACUUUUGGUCAUUAACUCAACUCAACUAGAGCAAAAUAGUUCAAUAAUUUAGAAAAUAAUGUUUCUUAAUUGACAGAAUUCAGGCAAAAAGUUUCAGGAUUUCUUUGAAAGGAGAAGGAUGAAAACCAAUACCGGGUGGCUUGGAUUUUCAGGCCCCUCAGGUAGCUCUACAUCAACUCAUUCAGUGCCAGGUUCAUUUACGCAAUUUGACUGCAAUAGAAAUUUCCGUAUAUUUUGGGAAUCACAGAAUAUCUAGAAUGAAGUGCAAUAUCUAAAAAGAAAGAUUCUCUUCCUUCACCAGAGAAAAAGGUUAGUCUCUAACCAACUCCUGUGUUUAGUUAUUGCCUGCUCAAUUCAGUGCGGUCAUAUCAUCUUUGCCGAUCUGGAAAAAAGAAACCUGGGAAAAACACACAUUUACGAAGAAGAGACUUUCAAGCAGAACUCUGAUCGUCUAUUUCAGUGGUUCUCAAGUCCCACACCUGAUUCAAAUGAUCAGCUCGUUAUCAAGCUCUGUAAUGGCUUACUAACGAGCUGAUCAUUUGAAUCAGGUGUGUUGGAGCAGGGAAACAUCCAAAACAUGCAGGACUGGGGGGGCUCGAGGACUGGACUUGAGAACCACUCAUUCUCGUCCUCCAAUCACCUGACAAUAGUGGAAAAAUGUUACAUGGCGUUCUCAUGGAGGAAACUGCCAGCCGACUGUUCAUGCAAACAAGCUGACAGAGCAGAAGGCAGGAAGACGGAUAGAGGGGUGGAAGGGUGGAAGGUCACAUCAGCAGACCGAAACACGAGCAGACAGGCAGACAGAGACGGAUAAACAUACACAAAAAGGAGAGGAAAGACUGGAGCAAGAGCAGACGGCACUGAUGUACAGACACCGAUUUCUUUUCUCUCUCUCUCUCUCGGAUGACGUCAUUCAGGGUCAGGUGAUGAAAACACACAAUGGUUAACACCUGUGCGCACACAUGCCGCUGAGAAACACUUUUUUUUAUAUUUUAUUCAAGAAAAAGCUGAAAAAGAUGAUUAAAUUUAAGGAGCAAAUGGGCAAAUUAAAGUCUGACUAUGGAGAGAACAACAAAACGGUCCCAGCUGCACAAAGGGGAUACUUUCAGGGUCAGAGUGACAAAAACAGGCACUAAAAAGAGUGCAAAAAAACAGCCUGAAACCAAUCAUGUCCAUCAUAUGACUCAGACAGAGUCCUUGAUUCAUGGACACACAUUCAUCUCAGUACAGCCAUGAGCUACACUCUCAUUUAACUCAUUUUUUAAAAAAGUCAUUUUCGUGCAAAAGAGCGAGAAAGACAAAAACACAGAUUGGGGAUGAUUGGUCAGUUACUCAGAGGAAGUCUGUUUUGUUUGUUGGUCAUGUCCAAGCAAAAAAUUACAGCUCAGCGAUCACCUGGGCGUGGGCUUAAAGGUUGUGAAGUCUGACCUCAUAUUUCAUAAAUCCUCAGAGUCAAAAGAGCCACGGGUCUUGUUUGUUUCGAAUUCAAAUUUACUCCCCUUGGUUACUGUUUUUCACGUUUAAAUCAUUUUCCUUUCCUGCAAAACAUAUUUUCCUGUCUUCGCAAAGCAUGGCAGCCCCUCAGGUCAGGGCGAAGCGUCUCCACGGCAGAACGGUCCUGACCUGCCAGCAGCUUUUAGCAUGCUCUAAUGGAGGUGGUAUGGAGAUGAAAGCCAUAUAGAAACACUGGGCUACAACCCAGAAUUCCUCCCUCACUUCCCCCUCUCUGUCUAUUGGCCCUGAGGACAGUAUGGAGAUUUAGGACGCAUGGGUCGGCCUGUUGAUGGAAGCGUCCAGAUUGAAUCCAGAUCCGCGCUGUCGUCAUGUUGUGUGUUCGUGUGAGAGUGCGUGUCCUGUGUUUGGAGCAUCAUCUUAAAAACAUCAUUUCUAUGCGGGGAAAACUUCAAUGCUUUACCCUUAAAGAUGCAUUAUUUUUUCAUUGUAUUUGUUUGUGUCUUUUGUAUUUACCCCGAAGUGUAGAAGUGAACACACACUGUCUCACACACACAUUAACACACACACGCACACACACACAUUCCCCAGUUGUGAGGUCAUCCCCUGGAGCUGCUUUGUGCUGCUCCUGCUGUAAAUUCGUUUAUAUGUGCCCAGUUUUUUUACCAUUCUCCCCCCACCCUCUCCUCUUUUCCCUCAUUUUCUCUCUCUUUCUCCCCCGUUCAUGUGGAUGUCUUGUGAAACUGGGGUCAAAGUUCACCAUGUGAGAGAGAGAGAGAUAAAACACAUUGACAAGAAGUUAAUAAGCAUGAAACCAUGAGCUAAGCGUCACACUUUAUCUGCUAGAUUUGUGUUAUCUCUUAAAAUGUGUGAGAUUUGAUCUGCUUUUAAAACGGGUACCAGCUAUAAACUGGAAUAUAUAUGCGUACAACCAUGAUAUUUGGAUAAUUGGAUCAAAUGAACAAUUAAUAUUUAGCCCUUGACUUCCCUUGACAUUUGUUGGAUAUGUUUGGAUAGUGUAGUGUUUCAUAUGAAUGAAAAUUAGUUUCUAGAUCAGUAAUUUUUUAGCUAUUGAAUUAAUAAAUUCGUUGCUCUUGGUGCUUGGUUUAUGUGCAAACAGUGCGAUCAGUGAUGUCAAACAUGGCCACACUUUAAGGUCACCAUAUUAGCUUAAUAAACUGAAAAAUUAGUUUAAAAAAAGUGUUGUGUUUUUGUAAAAAUAUGGCCCCAAUCUUCAACUAUAAAAAGAAAAACAAAACAAAACACUUCACUACGUCAGAGUAAAAUGCUCCAUAUAACCAAACAGCAUCACAAAGGUACAUCCUCUGAGAACUAUGAAAGACACAAUGCCAUUAAUACAAUAAGUUUUGAAGUACUUCUUUGGAUAAAUGAGACAUUUUCCUUUCCUUUUUUGUGUUUAUAUGAAGCAACAAAUUCGUUCUGUACAAGCUGAGGAUUGGGAAUAUUAUGAUGCAUCCUCUGGGGAGCAUGUAAGUCUAUACCAAAUUAAAUGGAAGUCUAUUCUGCACAUUUGAAGACAUUUUCCAUCCAAUAAAGCUGCCCAACUCUCUUUGAAGCGAGAUGAAAAGCAAAAGGGUAAUCAGAGUACGUGGGGUUGACCCUCUUGGGAUCAUGAACAGCUGUGCAAAGAUUUUUUGCAAUCAAUUUAAAAGUUACUGGGAUGUUUCAAUCUACUUAAUGGUUGUUGACCAAUUGACUGGGCAGUAUUUGUACAAGAAAGCAUGAGAUUCCCAUCAGAAGUCAUUGGAUUUAACCUCUGGUGAGCAAGAAAUGUUUGCAAAAUGAAAAUGUAGAGGUCCAAUUUUCAGGUAAAUUGGCGAUUUUGCACUUUCUGCUUGAGCUGAUAUACUUUUUCUUAACUUUUCAUGGUUGUCUGAAAUAAUACCACUGGAAAAACUUUGUGACUUCUUUUAGCAAACUCUGACUGACAUGACCUUUUCCCAGAGUGCUCUCGCUGCCCGACCACGUCUUGGGAAUCCAAUUGAGCGGCAAAAAAACAUAGACUUUGGCAGAAUUCAGAAAACACCAACAGAAAACGUUCAGAAAUAAAUUCACUGACAUACUUUCUAGGAGACAGUGUAGCUAAAAUUAUCCUUUAUGGAAAUGAAUGAUGGCAUCGCUAAUCUGUACAACUCUUGCCGUUUUGUUGCCAGCUCAUAAUUCCCAGCACCUAUUUUGAAAUACAAGAUGGAUUACACUCUCAGAGGAACUGAUCCAACUGGCAUUAAAGAGAUUCUGAAUUAUUAAGAGUCAAAUUCUCAACCCUUUGCUCAUAGUUUUCCCCCAGCGUCCUCCGGGGCCAGGGCCACGCAAGGCGAUCGCGAGUGUGAUGCAACACAUGCAAACACUUUGAUCGAGGCCUUGCAACAUCUAUUUCGCGAGUGUUUAUUAAACAGAUCGAAGGCCCCUGCAGGAUUUUUCUCUGUCAUUUACUGGAUCGUCUUAAAGCACUUUAACAGAAUACUUUCCACUCCAUGGGGUGAUUUCACGACUGAGGCAUCCCGCCUUUGGACGGAGGCUGCUGCACCUCCUGCUCUGGGGGAUGUAAACAUUGGCGUCUUCUGCAGCCUGCCUAUACUAUACGGUGCUGGAAUUAUGGAGCUGGCCUCAUAUGUUCCCUGUAAAAUAAGACUGGAAAUUUCAAGAUGUGCGUUUGUGGGAGGUGAAGUCAGCAUUGUUGAUUGGAAUUGUUCAUAAUUUGUUGUUUUUGAGACGAACUGGAGUUGAUUUCACGUCAGGAACGUUUAGCGUUGUUUUUAAGUACGUUCGAAGCUGAUUUCUGCCCGUUCUGACACGCAUAUAAAAAUCGCUCAUCCAUACAUCAUCUGUCUUUUUUUCCCCCUCUCCCUCCCUCUCUCACUGGCUCGGUGUUUUUUAGUGUUAGUGUGUGUGUGAGCCACGGUCACCCUGGGACCACUGAAACACCAUUUUAGGAGACAAUGGGCUCCUCCUACACAGCCAUAAAACACAGCGUCUAACCUUACCGCUGAACUUCACUCAGUGUUUUCAAGAGGAGAAAAGCUCACGUCAGUGUCAGUCUUUUUUCUCCCUCUGUUUCCCUACGAACAGAAACUCGAUUUUGCUAUAUUUGCAAAUCAAUCUUACUAACGUGGCUAAUUCUUGCUGGCAUCGAAUUUGUACAUUGGCUCUUACUUGUCAAUAUCUUCAUGAUUAAGAACUUUUCCAUAACAAAAGGUCAAAACUCUGCCUCCUCUCCUUAUGUCAUUCAAUUUUAUCUCUUUUCUUUAUCGUACAACUUUACACAUCUUUCAACAUUUAAGCAAACCUGUUCUGGACCAGAUCUGAUAAGCAGCUAACAAAUAAAGAACUAUUCUCUGCAGGAACAGGUUUUAUGUCUCCUGUAACUUUAUAACACCGCAGGCUUCAGAGAUGAUGUCUGUGUGACAUCCUCAGUAAACUCCAAUCACAACAGUGCAGGCAUUCAGUUUACAGCUGAGUCGGCCUUUAGUAGAUCUGUUAUCUCUUCAUUUCAGAGUAACCUAAGUGCUCUCUUGACUUCUCUGCAUUCCUUAAAUAACUCGGUACUACCUGAUAAGAGUUACAGUGUCUUUAAGACCCCCACUCGUCCACAUUUACUGGGUAAAAACCAGGAAAAAAUGUGGUAAUAUCACUCACUGAGUCCUGAUUUUGAUGGGUUGUUUUGCACAGUCCUGUGUUUUUAUGAGGCCGGAUACAAAUGGAGUCUUUAGUCAUGGAUUUCCCAAUACUGGUUCCACAUUAAGUAUUACAUAAACCCCGAUGACCUCCCCCUUUCUUAUUGAGAAUCUACCAGCGGUGGACUGGCCUUUGAGGAGCAUAUUUGGGAGGGGGCCGCACUCGUAAAAAAAAAAAAACAGUUAUUUUUAUGGUGCAAGCGAGCCAUCAAAGUUGUGGGUUUUCAUAUUGGCCAAUUAAUUCUCCACUGUGAUUUAUCUGCUCCAGUAAUUAGACCUACAGUGGGGUAUUUGUCGCCAAAAUAUCAGCUUUCCAGCAGCUUAUUAUUAGCUUGACCACUGUGCAUUCACAGAGGUUUCCAGCGAUCGGUUUCUCCGCUCAAAGGAGAUCAUUUCAUAGACUUCAACUCUGAACAAAUCAUGUGGUAGAACAGGGUUUUGUGAAUGAAUAAGUAGCUUUUCUUCAUUUAAUGUAUCAUUUAUUGGCAUUUUAUACCAGCAAAGCUUCAUUUCUGUUCCACAAACCAAAAAUCUCCCUAAAUGGAGAUUCUCAGACUCAAUUCUUAUCAUCUCUAGAGCUCCAUUUGUGGGUCACAGACGUGAAAACAUUCGAGCAGCCCUCAUGUUGAUAAUCAGAAGCUUCUUCCUCUGUUAGUCCCCCUCCUUCAGUUCUCCACCCCUCCCCCCUCUUUGUCUCUGCUUGGCUCAGCUUUUCAGCGUCGAAUACCUUGUGCUUAUCUAUGAAGCUAUAAUGCGAUAAAUGCUUAAUACAUGCACAGAUGAGGUGAUCGGACAGGUUUACACAGAGUCAUGGAGCACAAGACGUGUCCUGGCUUAUGUUAUGUUAUAUUAGUUGGACAAACCCAGCUCUGUAAGAGUCAGAACACUUUGCAAAGAUUCGUUAAAAUCAGAUGAUGAUUGAAAGACAACUAUUUAAAUGUUGAAAGUAAAAUUUUUGAAUGAAAAAAUUUAGUUUCAACAUCUACAGUACAAAAUAUCAUUAAGAAAAUGAGGUAAAUGUGGAUAAAUCUCUGUACAAAAGAGACAAGGUCAUAUUCUAACACUGAAUGGCUGGGAACUUUGAGCCCUAAGGUGACACUGUUUAAAAAAACAGGCUUGACUCUGUAGUGGAAGUCACUGCAUGAACUCAAAAUCACAUCGAAAACGAACGUCUCAUCAGUGUAGGCCGCAACCCAUUUGAGAGAGUGAAAAACUGUCUUAUGGUGACAACAAAGAUUUCAUAUUUAUGGUCAUGCUCUUUCCUGAAGUGAGGAGAGACCAUCAGCAUCUUUGGUGGCACUGGGAUGCAUAAGCGCCUGAAACAUCUACAAAAGCACCAUUACUACUGAACAAUAUAUACAGGUUUUGGAGCAACAUUUACUGCCGUCUAGUCCAGUGGUUCUCAAGUCCAGUCCUCGAGGCCCUGCUCAAACACACCUGAUUCAAAUGAUCAGCUCGUUAUCAAGCUCUGUAGUGGCUUACUAACGAGCUGAUCAUUUGAAUCAGGUGUGUUGGAGCAGGCAAACAUCCAAAACAUGCAGGACAGUGGGCCUCGAGGACUGGACUUGAGAACCACUGGUCUAGACAAUGACUUUUGCGCAAUACGGCGACAAAAUACCUCUGAAGCCGAAGGGUCUGGGUGUUAAACUGGCCCAUCUGCAGUGCUCAUCUGUCAGCUAUUAAAAACAGCUGGUGCACUAUGACAAAAAAAUGACAAAGAGGAAUGAGAAAGCUGUCUAAAAGCUGCCAAAGAAGAGUCUGACCAAUAUUUAGCAAAGAUAAUAGUGAUUAGAUUCGAUGUAAGCAUGUUUGAAUAUGUUAAAAGCACCAUUAAAACGGUUGGUGUAACUUUCAGAGGGGCUUUUAAUUUGAAAGGACACUUCUGCCAAUGCAACAGUAUAGAAAUUAAUCAAUUGUAAAGAACACGAUCCCUUAUUUAUGUAAAACUCCUCUAAUAUGUUUAUUAACUUCAUCCGUACAGUCGUCAUCCCACUCUGUUGUCUUAAUUGAACUAUGACGCAGACUAAAGCCGGUUUAUUUUGAAAAUCUCUACCGGAAGUAGGUUGUCAUCGCUAAAUUGACUUGACAGCCGUCUCCCUCUCUGCCUCGACUCGCUUGGUUCAGCAUCUGUCCUCACCAGAAUCCACGGAGCGCGCGGUAUGGAUCCGUUACGCAUUACGCACUGUGGUGUCCUCCCUGGCACAGAUGCUCUCCUGACACGCGCUACCGACCGGCGUAAAGGCAUCAACUCUUAAAAAAAAAGCACGCGCUCUGAUAGUUUGCAGUUAAAAAGAGUCUGUUUGUCUUAGAUGUAGAGGAGGGUGAAGACAGGAGAGAGUGGUGGUGACUUCUUCUCUUGCUACGUUUCGCUUCGAGGCGCGUAAACUCACUUUUUGGGAUUUUUCCAGCAGGAUUUCUUUAAUUGUUUAUUAUUUCUUUGGCGUUUUUUUAUGUGGAUACUCAUCCUGGACAAUGGGAGACUCCGUGUUCCUCGACAGGCAGAAUACCUAUCUUGUAAGUGCUCAAUUUAUUGGUCUUAAAUUAAUUUUUAAGUCCGUUUUUUCGCAUCUGUCUCUCUGAAACAUGCGUCAAAAGCAGACAAUAGGUAAUUUAACUUAACUAUCUACUUUUUGGCGUUUAAAGCUUGAAAAUAGUCCAACAAAAGAGCAGAAAAAUCUGACUUAACCAUUAUUAAUCUGCUUUGAAUUGUAGGUGACACAGAAACCUGAAACUUAGACGUGUAAAGAGGACUCAGUGUGCAAAAAAAGAAAAAAAAAAAACUUCCUGUGAUGGAACAUUUUUAGUGACAUUUGGUGCAGAGAGCAUGCACACACACACAUGCACACAAGACCACACAUGUUUCCUGGUUUAAAAGGGAGACUUUCGCACUGAAAGCUGCUCAGUCAGACUGAAACCUGCUGCACACUCAGUGUCAGAGUUGUUGUGCUCGACACUAGUGCAGAGAUGAGGGCAAAACACACAGGUUUGGGUCAAGGCUGCGAGGAGAGAUGACAGCAUUCAUGAGAACCGCACCUUUAAAAUGAAACACUCAGCAUCUUUCAGGUUCAAAUUUAGCUGUUUGGCAUAUUACCCAUGAAGUUUACGCAGAGAUGCAACAGGGUUCCUUGCAGAACAGGUUCAUUCAAAUGCGGGAGCCGUGUUGGUUUAUGCAGCAGAGACAAUUUAAACAAGCACACAUGUGAGUGUUUUAUCAUCUGCCCUUUCUGUUUCCAUCCCUCCCCCUCUUUCCCCCUCUUCUCCAGCAGUGAGGAAUCCUCCUCUGACUUCUUCCAGCGGUCUCUCUCCUCUUUAUGAGCAAUGUUUCUGUGGCUGGGAGCUCUUGUAAAAAGCUAUGAGCGUUGAUUGGAAAACAAUACAAUUUUCUUUGGCUCUCCCGGCGGCGUGUUGCGGUCUGGGUUUUGUGCUCUGGGUGUACUGGGUGGUGUGAAAGCUGUCGCCACAUGGCCUUUCGUUAUGGUGUCUAAACUGUAUCCAAAAGCAGGCUGACGAGGCUUGAGGACACCGACCAGACUCCUUAAAGUUGAAAUUGAUGAAUCUGGGCUCUCAUUUGGUUAUUCAAACUUGGUCUUCCCUCUGAGAACCCGGCCAAAACAUGAUAGAAAUCACAUUUACAGCCUGAUUGAAUCUGCUAUGGAGGGUGAUUCAAGCAAAGCAGGGCAACUUUACUGCUAAGAGGAACAAAACGUAUAAAUCUUCAACUUUAUUGCAUCGUCUAAGUGUUUCCGAUGGUAAAAGUGCAACUGAUUUAUGUUGAUAUUAAACGUAAGUCAUCAUAAAGAUGGAGACAUCAGGAAUAGAGUCACUCAAGGUUGUGGAAUCCACUGGGUUGUGGUUUCUACUGGUUGCCACCCUGUGGAGGUAUUACUGCAAGGUCCAAUUCUGAGGAUACGAGGGGCAGACCGUAAAAACAGUGGAAGGAUUUAAUAGCCCGCUUGGCUUGGGAAUGCCCCAAGAUCCCCUAAGAUCAGCUGAGGGAGCGUUUAGGGAAAAGGAACAGGGAAUACUUGAGCUUUGGAUCCGAAUAAAGAGCAGGGUGAGUUCAGCGUAUGUGGAAACAAAUGUGAUGAUGGAAAUGAUAGUUAAAGCUCCUGUAGGGGGUUUUCAGUGAGUAAUGAAAUGGACCAAAAUUUACACAGAUUUAUUUUUACGACCUACAAAAGCAAACAGAACCUAAAAGAAAAGCAUGAUUUUUUUGCUACCUCAUUAUUUUUAAUGUUCAGAACGACUGCCGCAGAGUAGGCGCCAUACAAGGUGAUUGACAGUAUACGGUUGAAACGGCCUUUGACUAUAAAGAAUUAGCAGAAUGAGAUUUCUUUGUUUUGUUACCCAAAAACCUUAAAUAUUAAAUGACAAAUCAGCACUGUGGGUAGUUAAGUCAGGCAAAGGGACUCUUCUACUACAGAGCCAUGCUGUUGUAAUAUGUGUUCAAAGCCCCCGACUAUCACAAAAGCUGGUUCUUGAACCGUGUGUUGAUGGUGGAGAGAAAAUCGAAUUAUUGAUGCGAACGUGUCCUCCUCCCCAAAACUAGGGGGCGAUAUGUGACUUUUCAGCUGCGACUGUCAACAACUGCCAACAACAGUAGGUUUGUGCCAGACGUCAACAACUACAGCUACAACUCCUGCUGGGCAUUUUCGCACAUGUUGGCGCACAUGCAUUGUCCGAUCAUACUCUGACUACGCCGGUUACAUGGUAGAGAAAAUCGAAUUCCAAUCGCAUGAUCUGGGUGUCUUAAUCGGAGUUCUCAAACUCUGAUUAAAGUCAGACUAAGGUGUUUACAUACACUUCAGUUAUCCAGUCUUGAUCGGAGUAAUAAUUCGGUUUUCUCGAGUGUCAUGUAAACAAACUGAAUGGUUUCCAAAAAGACUGUCACAUCAUGAUUUGUCAUAAUACAGACAAAUUUCUUCACUUAAACUCGUUCUAUUCCACAGAUGAGUCACCUAAAUGGGUUUUGGAAUAAAUUUUGACCACAUGCGGGGACUUCCAGUACAGAGUCAUCUUUGUUUUUAAUGCCUGAUGGCCUGAAAAUCAUAACCAAGAGUGUACUGUGAUUCUUGGAGGCUUUAUAAGGAAAGAAAUUCAUUCAGACAGCGACUAACUGUUGAAAAUAUAUCAAAUCUUUCCCCUGGAAACCUUAAACCGCUCCCUUUAUUACAAAACGCAGCAGGUAACCGGAUAAGAGUUACGUCCUGACCGUGCUUCACAACCAAAUACUACUGGACAUGACGCCAGGCGGCUGCGCUGUCAUAUAAAUCCUCAACGCUCACUCAGCUGAACCGGGUAAAAGAAUGCAGUUAAAAUAUGAGAAAGAAAAGGUCCGGAGAAAAGAUGCAAUCACGGUAAUGUAGGAUUUGCCAGGAUAAAUGUUUCUGACUCCAGGUUAUCAGGCUGGAGACACUCAGGGAUGGAGAAGAAAGACUUGUGCGUAAACAAGUAAUUCUCAGUCAUUGUUGGUGUGAGUUUGUUCAACUGGAAGUGGCUGUGAUGGCGUCAAGGCCUUGAAUAACAUCUGGGAGAGAAUAACAACAGGCUGGACUGAUUGCUCAGCCGCUGUUUGAGUAAGAAACUGUUUUCAAGAGAAGAUUACAGAUUGAAUGUGAUUAGAAGAGCGAUACCAAGGCUGCCUUUUUAGUCAUCGCAGUCAAGAUUUGUCAACUGCAAUAAAGCAAAAGCUCUCAAGAGGAACAAAUUACAGCAGAAUAAUGCUUUCCCAGAGAGAGGGCAUAUGUUCAGGAGGAAGAUUCAGAUUUAGAUACAUGUUUGUUGGCUUUUUAAGACAGUGAGCGACACGAUCUGUUAUUGUUUUGCCGUUUUUUAUCAGAUUGGCUGAAUGAAAGCAGUUGUCUACCAAGGAACAACCAUCUGCAAAUAAACAGAAGCCAAUACUGUCCCUUAAAAAGACAAUCCUGGGAUGAUAUUUCGAAGUUUGACUGUUUACAAAGUUCGCCGUCACCAACUAGUGUUAAACUCAAUUUACACACGGUGACGAGCCAAUCUGAAUAUCAUCAAUAUUCCACUGUCAGUAUCUCAUACGUUCUGUUAUUUCCUGAGGGCUGAUACAAAAUUGGAUUCCUGCAACUCCAGGCCUGAACUCGCUCCACCAGUUGUCGCGGUUUGCUCAAGUCGUAGGUCAUGUGCGCGGUGAAGUCAUGUGCUGUCACUGGAGGACAACAGAUAACUGAAUGAACAAGGAAGUGUCAGAGCGCGGGCUUGAUGCGAGUGAGCUAAUGUUGGAGAGGAGCCAGACGGCGCCAAGGCUUCUGCCAAUAGUCAAAUAAAGGGUGUCUUGAACGCUUGCCUUCUAAGUCAAGCGUUGGCAAACCGUUUAACGUGUCAACUUCAGAGUUGGCCGCUGUUCAAAUUCAGGAUUUAUUUGGGAAGCUGAUGUUCCUGCAGAUUGGGCACCAUCAAAAUGAUCAAUCAUUGAUUUUCUGAUCAUCUCUGAUAACACUGGAUUGAUUAUGUGCCCUCGCUCUAGACUUUGACAGAUGACACAAUGGAUGUAUCUGUGAAAUGAUUGAUUACCCUCCCUCACUGCUACUUGUUUGCCUCCAGCUUUGUCUUUCCGUCUCUCAUCACUGACAUAACUGAAAACGGUUGGUCUUGAACCACCCCGAGUGCCGCUACCUGUUUAAACAAGCGCCAGAUUCCCUCGCUUUUGUCACGCUUGUGUCCUUUACUUUGGUAUUUCGCUCCACUUUCCUUUUUUUCUCUCCCCAGACCCGAGAGCAAACAUUUUAUAAAAACCUGUCCUUUCCUUACCUGCUCAUGUGUGACCUGGUUUCAUUCUAGGAGGUGUGUUUGUUUUACUUACCUGCCGCUCCCAGAACAAACAGCUGAGGCGGAGAGAGCAACAAAGCCCCCGGUCAUCUUGAAAUUAAAAUAAGCUUUGACUAAACAGAUGAAAUGUCGAGUGUGGACGUUCAGGAAAAUGCACGGCCGUUUGCUUUCAUGUGUCUUUGGAUGGCGUCAGCAGGGCACGCAGCUUUAGCACAGCAGGUUUAUUUACAUUGAUCACAAGUUUUCCUCGGCACACUCUGACCCAGAACUUAGCGGGAGUGGACAUCUUGUCUGCAGCAGUGAAGACACAAAGAAUGUGCAGUGAUUUUAGGUUUCGUUAUGAGAACUCUUCAAGUCCAGCAGCACAACAUGCAUGUAAAUAAAUGGUCAAUCACACAGUUUUGGGGGGUUGAUUGAUAUUAAGGUUCUGAUAUAAUUGAAAGUGCUGCAGAUUUAGACAAGCAAGACUUUGAGUUUAAGUAAACUGGCGAAUUUAGACUCUUGAAUCAUGGAUACACAUAAGACUCAAUUGACGGCCCUUUACUGUGGUUGUUUGAGCACGGAAAAUUACUGACUUGUCUGUCUUCAAAUCUAGGAAGAUGGAUAAAUUAGAGAUGUGCAAUAUGGAUUGUUUGAGCUGAUACCAAACCUUAAAAUUUCUUACAGUUUUUAAAUUCAAAAAGUGUCAAUUUUUUUCACACCUGUUAUACUUGUUGCAUGUUUUGCAAGCUGCAGUUGCAUUACCCUUCUACAAAACAGAGAAAAAAAUGUGUAAAGCCUCCUGUGAAGUACUGUGUAACAAGUCUCUAAUCACACUUUACAAUUCUACCAUAAAUAGGAGAUGACUUUUUGAGUUAUGACAAAUGAGACUGAAGACAAUUGAAUUUUCCUUUGGGGAUAAAAUAAAGUUAUUCUCAAUAUUCAUAUUGAUAUUCUUAUUAAUCUAGUAGUUUUAGGGCUUUGCUACCAAAGUCAUGUCCUUGACGAUAUCCUUAAAGUCCCACUCUGAUCGUUUUUUUUUUUUACUACUUAAAGUUUUCGCCUCUGAGUCGUGGGCAGAGACAGCGCUGCUCUGCACACUUGUCUUCAUGUUAGUUUGUAGCCUAACAUUGCCAGUGUAGUAGAAGUAGCAGGUAACAUAGGAGCUCAGACACCAAUGUCUUUAGGGACACAAAGAAAGCUAAUGCCACAAUUAGAUUUCUUACGAGCGUUGCAAUCCGCUAAAGCAAAUGCUUGUUCCGCAAUUGUCCUCUCUAUUUCUCCUCUAUAUGCAGAGUCUAGCCUGCAAAGCGGGGCUCUGGGGGUGGAGCUUGGAUUGGUUACGUAUAAAAUCUCACUGUUUCUGAACCUGCCAGAGAUUCAGUUUGAAUGCAGAAAUAAACAGAAAAGCAAUUUCGCAUUUAGUUUUCUCAUGAUUUGUCCUGUAGCUUCAGAAAAAUGACACAUGAACAUGUAAAAAACAAGAAAAACAUGAUAUUCAUUGGAGUGGGUCUUUAAACGAAACUGGAACAGAUCAGCUCUCCCUGAAACCUUUUUUAUAAACACUGAGGACACACAAUAUAUCCAUAGACGUGUUUAUUAAAGGAUUAUUCCAAAUACUAGCCUUUUUAUCCGCUGUUUACUCUCCUAUCAGAGCCAAAUCUAGGUCUCGGUCAGCUGUCUUUGCUUAGGGCUUGUCGACCUCUUAUCGUGUAUGUCAUAUGAUGUAACAUACAUUCCUUUACAUUCAUUACCCUCGCUGUGAAUUGGUUUCUCGCUCUGGUGUUGCAUGUGUAUUGUCCCUCAAGCGUGGCAGGAAGUCAAAAACAGCCUCUUCAAGUUCCAGAGCCGUCACUGCUGGCUCGUCAUGACAACACCACCCGUCCCUCGUUUUUCUUUCUACACCCCGUCAGGGAACGGCACUUGUUUUAUUAUCAACAGCAAAAGAGAAGUCCGCCCUCUCAAAGAACUUGUCUUUUUAUGGAGAUGGUGGAAGGCUGAGGGGAAAACAGAGCCGAGGAAUUGCAGAAGAGAAACUUCUGGCAACAUCUGAUCUUGCUAGGAGAGAUGUGCUGCCACAAGGAAGGGGUGUUUCUUAAGGCCUGAACAAAAUAUGCACUCCAGAAGUUUGAAGGAGUUUGAUUUACGGCUGAAACUCUUGCCCUGCUUUCUGCGUGACUUCAUCCAGAGGUGGUUCUUUCUUCUGGGAAAAAAGUUGAAGGAGUUGGUUGCAGGGUUCAAGAAAAGGUCAGACAUGUUUCCUGACUGUUUGUGCAGAACCCAUGAGGGCACGAUGUCGAUCACAGUGUUGCUGUGUGAAGCGUACAGAAGCCUUACGUCAUAGUUUGGGAAUUUUUAGAAGCCAAUAACAGCGUGUUCUUGUAGUUUCGCAUGCUCUGCAAAACGGUUUAAUAUACUGGAAACAAGACGGAACUCAUCAAGCCUGCCAUCCUGGGUAUGAAGAGUUCUUUAAUCCUCUUCUUCACACAUGCUGAUGUUUGCAAUCAACAGCCACACAUGGGUGCACACACAUACACACGAGUCAUGCACAGGAAGCAGAACUCCGUGCUAAAUACUAAGAACAGAUUGUGCUCUCCGGUGCAGAAAUCCCUGCUCAUACUUUCAACACCACUCGCAGCUGUUGCUCUUUGGUCAAACUUAACAAGGAAGCCAAAAACUAGCCAGAGACGUUAAUUCUCUCAGCCUUGGACGGAUCUUGUCAGGAACAGUGUGGUCGCAUCUCAAAGAAGCUGUCCACAAAUUCUGGCAGAAAUUACCCACCCUUUUUUUUUUUUUUAUGAGGGGAUAGAAAUUUCCUGGAAAGUCUUUACAGGUCAAUAGUGUCAGCAUCAAGGAUCAUGCCGUCUGUUUUACUGCUUCAGUCUGUCUCCAGGGGUCAAAGGCCACAGGGGAGAGAGCUUUCUCUAACAAGGUGCAUGUGUUUUUAGUGUGAAAGAAUGCUUUAGUACCAGCCCACGAUAAAUAAUGUAUGACCUCUUAUGAGCAAAUACUGAAAAACUACACAACAUUUGGUUGUAAGGGUCACCCUUUUUAGGGCCUGUUUCCACUGACAGCGUUUUUGGAUUUGCAGUGCACUUAAUUCCAGAGCCCUUCUAAUCAACGCCUCUAUGUUGCAAGUGUGCAAGUGUGGUUAGUUUCUCCUCCUUAUGAUCCUCUGCCAUUCUUGUUCACAAAGUUGACAUCACCCAUUCUUGGAUUUGAUUGGCCGGUAAAGGAAAUUGAUCAUCAGCUUUAAAGAGCAGUUGUCACAAGUGGCUUUUUUGUGGUCUGGACACUAAAAAAUGUGUUGGUUUGAAUAGAAAAAAAAAAAAAACACAGCCUGUACAAAAACGUUUUUAGUGGACACAGGCCCUAAGUCUUUCUGAAAACUGUUAAAGGGGCUGAUGAAACUGUUUUUUCCAUAAUACUCUCCAUGUACAUGAUUGUGUCUACCACAAACCUUUGUGAUUUUAAAUGACAAUUACCACAAAGUGCUGAAUAAAAGUAGGAUUUGCUUUUUGUGGGUGCAAAAAAAAAAAAGUGUGGACACAGGCCCUUAGUCUUUUCAACCCUAGAACACUAUCGCUAAAAUUAGUAACACCAUUACUAUCGCCGGGUGAUUUUUACCUGAAAUAAUAUACCCAAGAAAAAGUACUUGUCAUCAAAAUAUAUCAAAGUAGGACAAUACAUGACAAAUUACAGUAGUUUUCUUUUAUUUUUAACUGUGCAAUGUCCAAAGGAGGGAAAAAAGUGCCAUGAGGGGACCGUAUAAAAAUGCAACUAAAAUAAUAUAGUUAUAGUUUCUUUUCCGCCCAUUGCUGGGGGCAUGCAAGUCUUCCCUGGUGAAGACUCAGGGUUAGGGUUAUUAGGCAAAUUUGCCUUCAAAGAUGUGAAAGGCAAUGCUGAAGCUGCCCAGGGACCCAUGAUACUCAGGAAAACACAACAUAAUGAAAAAAAAACAAUAAUAAAAUAAUAAAAUGAUCAAAUAACAAUCAGAUGAAGCCGAUGGCAGUGUCAAAUAUUUGUACAAUUCAUGUGUAGCAGGUUCAGAUAAGUGUGACCCAGAAGCCUGAAGGUGAAAAGACUUAAAUGAAGUACAUUUUUCCUUGUCAGUGUCUUGAUGGUUUCAGCUGCAGUGGCUGCCAGUCUGAGAUAAUCUGAUAGAUGCUGGCGUGUACGUGACCUGCCUGAAGGUGCUAGCUCCAUUGAUCAUUCUUUGAUUCUAUUUGCCAAGCAUGGAGAGAGCAGGAGGACAGACAGACUGAUAAGAUCAAGACCAGACAGAUAGAGACAGAUCAGUUUGAGGAAGUCAAAAUUCCAGUCUGUUGACAUCCCAGAGAGCCUCUAUGCAGGAAAUACCCAGAUUAAGAGAGAGAAAAUCCCAUACUGCAGUUGGUAUAUCAUGUGUUGUCUUUGCAGAGGGUGCGUGUGCAUCCAUGUGUCUGGUAUGCACACACUUGCAAACCCAUUUCAUGUGUGUGCCCAUGCAUUUAACUUGUAACUUGUGAGUAUCGAUGUGUGCAGCGGUGUGACCCGGGAGUUCAAGAGGCCGUUGACUAAGACUGGAUUAGCUGCUCUCAAGGCUGCCACUGGAAUGCAAGGAUCAACAAGUCUGCUCAGUGCAGCACACACACACACACACACACACGCUGAAGUGAACACACACAUACACACGCCCGUUUUCAUCGAGGCACACUCACUGUUUACCUUCCAGUCUAUUAAUGUCCCCGCACCCCUCCUCUCCCUACGCUCCGUCUGUUUUCUCGCUGGGAGUAGAGUGGAAAUUGGAUUUCAUGAAACUGGCGGUGGUGGCAGCCGGGAAAUAAGGAGUUAUUUUUAUCAUUUACAUCAGUCCACGGCUCAGUGUGGAUAUAAAUACAAGUUUAUUGACAUUUAUUGCAGUCUUGAGGUUGCAGGGAGAUCCGUAUGGGCAGUCAUGGUAUUAAAGAUUAUCGUUAGCAUUUACAAUUAUGAACAGGGUUUUCAGAUGCACCUUCUUCUAAAAGUUGUAUAAGAUCCUUUGCAACACAAAAAUGUGCGUAAAAUGAACAAAAAUACACAAAAGAGACAAAGAAAAAUGAAACCCCUGCACCACAAUCUUAUGGCACUGUGUAAAACGUUGAAUUAGACAGAAUUUAACUGUUUGGAAAUAAUUUUAACCCUUUAAUUGUAAGUUAAACAUUGCAGAUAAUAUGCAAAAGAUUAAAAGUCAUGCCUCUUUGUGCAAAGGGGUGGGUGUCAGCCAAGUCCUGUUUUCACCUUUUGCAUUUUCACAAUGAAUUAAACAUUUAAAUGUCAGCUGGAUGAGAUUUUCAGUCUAAAGACUGUAGAGGACAGGAUAUGCAAAAGCAAAAUUCCUCACCGGGGCAUAGCAGUUAAAAUUUUUGUCUGCCUUGCUCUUUUUUUGAUGCAGGAAUUAAGUUUCAAAAAAGUUGGGACAAGUACAAGAAAACACUGAAAAACAAAAACAUGCAGUGAUUGAAACUCUGAAGCUGGCUUUUUAACUGUUUACAAGUAACAAGCCCAAGAGUGGAGGGUGUGGUGUCCAUGAUGACCAGCAUUCACACAUUUGCAGCAAAAAAUUGUGUUCACAUAUGGUGUUUAUUUGGAAUGAUGUUUGAGCCUAUGCAGGGAUUUCCACUCCAGAGUCAUGUCUGUUUUUGAGUCCGCAAAGAUCAGGGCCAUUCAGCGUUCGUUUGAUGAUGAUUAAACUCUUUUCAAAGUUCUUUGCUGAGGUUUCUGAAAUUGUUGAACUAUUUGCUCACACGGUCUCUCACAGAGCGGUGAAACUCUUCUCAUCCAUACAUCUGAGACUCAGUUCUUUCAAUAAUCUGCUGCAAAUCAUUGAAAUCGGAUGUUUCUAAAAUUCACUAACGUUCAAUUAAACUUAUUUCAACUUGUUACACAACUGUUCAGAGUUUUAUCUUCCCUGUCCAUAGACUUUUGCAACCAAUCAAUAUUUUUUAGUCUCAACUUUUGCAUUAAUUUCAAUCAAACAUUUGUGGACUAAAAUACUCUUAAUCAAUGAAGUAUCCUUAGGUUAUCACCAUGUGCGCUUGCAGACACGUGUUUACAAUAGAUUGAUGAGUGUGCCAACAGGAAAAGUCACUGUGUGUGUUUCCACACUGAUAAUUGUGUUAAGACCUGCACGCGCUGACUGAUGCACGAGUGGAUAUUUAACUCUAUCCAUCACGCACUGUUUGUGUUUGACUCUUGCGAGGCUGCAACUGAUAUCGGUCAAUACGCCAUCACUCAUUACAUCAGCGUUAUGAUGACAACUGCGGAGGAAAGCUUUCCGUUUGAAGGCCGGGGUUAUGCAGGACGAGGGAGCAAAGUCAGAUGUAUUAUUUUCAAGCACUGGCAUGAGUUUCAUUUAAGUUGCUGCAGUAAUGAAAAAAGCACAUUUCUAUCUGCAGUCACAUCAGUAUUCCAUAGAAACUAAUAACCCCUGUGUUGACUGAUUGUUGGCAUCGAUGAGCAGCAGUCUCCAAAGUCCGACUUUUAUUUUUACCAAUGUAUUUAUAUCAGUUUCAAACAUGUUCACAGGCUGAGUACAUCUGAUAGUACGGUUUGUUUUUGUCAGGAACGCAGAGCGGGAUUUUCCCUGAUUUAUGUCUGGAAAAACAAAUUAAUUUCACCCGCUUUCAGUGCAUGUGUUCAUCAUUCCAUCUAAGACAUCAAUUCCAAAAAGUUGGAAAAGAUGUUGAUAAUCACAGACAACUGUUACUUUAUUUAAGUGAGGAGAGUAACAUGUUGAGUAGGGCAUGACCAAUUUAUUGGCGAGCCAAUUAAAUCGGCCAAUUUUAGCCCGUUUGAGAUGCCGAUAUUUUCAGAAAUAAAAUGCAAAGAAUAAGAUUCUGUUGCACUUCGAAAAUGUUCUGCCAUUUAAAAAGUUCCCCAACUUAUCCUGUAGAUGGCGCGUGCGGGUAGUUGAAAACGCUUUUCUGGUCAGAGUUUGAUCAGUCGGUCUCCCUGUCAGCGUGAAUAGCAGUAGCCUACAGUAUAUCCUAUAUCCACAGUAUGUAUAUAUAUAUAUUUUUUUAUAACUUCAUAAAAAAUUUUGAAAAAUCGGCCAAAUAAUCGGUAAUAAGCAUCGGCCCCCAAAAAAUCGGCCGGGCCCUCAUGUUUAGGUAUAAGAAAGGCGCUCCAGAGAGGUUGAGUCUUUCAGAAUCCUCUUAAUAGUAUUCUGUGAGAGACUGUGUGAGCAAACAGGUCAGAUUUUUGACACUUAUUUCAAAGAAGAUGGAGAUUUCCUUAUGUGGAGUACAAAACAGACAUGACUCUGUAGUGGAAAUCACAGCAUGAGAUCAAAUUUACUUCCAAAAACUUGUUAUCUAAUGCAGUUUCUCAAGUUUUUUUAAUCUUGGGGUUGUAAAAGCCUUGAAAGCCGACUUGCCCUCUUGUUUUGGCUUUUUCUGCCUGUCAGGGGGCGACUGGAGGCCAAGUGAUUGGUAGUACCAGCAUGAUCAAUACUUGUGGUUGGCAGACACAGAGCAGGGGGUCUAUUGAUGGUGGCGAUGCUGUUUGGGUUGUGGUGGCCAUUAGGAUCAUGAGGGAGGUUAUGCAACUUGUCAGCUAAGCAAAAGAACUGUGAUGAGAGUGCAGUAGAGAGUGAAAGUUCCUGUUUUCAUGAGGGCACCAGAACCUGUUGGUAAUCAUCACCUCAUGAGGCUACGCCAUAUGGAAAUGGAUGUGGAUUUUUCAGCUAUCAUGGUGUUGCCGGUGGAUAUGGUUAAAUGACUCCAAACCAAGACUUCCUUUUUCCCCAUCACUUUUGCUCCAUCACAUCCCUGGGAAAAGCAUCUGUUCAUCUGCUUCAAGUAGGUCUCGCUUCAACGAUAACCAGAAAAAGAACCAGAUUUUUAUUGUAACUUACAUCGUAUUUAAGGGUUUUUGCUGGAAUCAUUGGCUUUUGCAACACAGUGUUUUGGCAGAUUUGUAGCUCGAGUUAAAAGUUUGGGUUGUGAACAAAUUAUGAGCUCAUAGGGAGCUCAUUGGGCGCUGGGAUAUUGUGUUUAUUCCAAGUUUCUACUCAAGGAAAGGUGGUUGGUUGUUUUGGAGACCCUGGAUUGGGUCUUCUGCGUUUCAACAGAGCUAAAGCACCCUUACAUGACAUAACAUACAGUUAAUUUAUUAUGUAAUGCAUGUUCAGCUCAGUUCAACAUGUGCCCAAGCCAAAAACUGUAGAGCAAAGUUGAGCAAAUGCUUCCCUCAUGUCUCAGUUCUGGCUCUAAGCUUGUGGUCCAUGGUUUGUUGAUCCAAUCAAACCAACACUCAACAGACGCAGGCAGAGACAGACUCAGUUAUAGAAGCUGUAUCUGGAAGGUGAGGAGUAGUUUAUUGUCUUGUUUAGAUCGCUUUAAUACUACAAAGACUUCUCCAGUUGCACAUUUUCAUGCUCUCACGUUUUUGCAGGUUGAAAAUCAGUCGGUGUGUCGUGCAGGACCGCAGCACCGCAGCGCUGCGUUUUCACCCCCUUUUUGUUGGGAAAUCAAUAAUAGAGCGGCUGACCCAACUGUGAACCGUGUUGCACGUGAGCACAAGUGCGCGGACGGACACACACACAAGUGUCGCGUCACAUCCAGUGUCCGCGGAGAACAAAGCAUUGCAGGGCUGUGACGGGUGUGGCGAGGGUCUCCAGGAAGUUACACUUGGCUAAAACUUCCUGGACUGAAACAAGGCUGAUGGUUUGAAGCUGCGGUCUCAUUGUUUCAGGAGGCUUUUGUGCUCUAAUCCCUGGUUGAUCGUCAUUGUUAUUGAUCAAAUUCAGCCUUGAAAAAGUCUGAUUUUAGUCAUAUUGUUACAGCUCUUUGAAAGGACUGACUGAGCUUCAAUUUCCAACCUUUUCAUGGAUUAUUCUCUCGACUUCUUUCAAUCAAUUUUUUCCUCAAUAUUUUGUCACAAUGCCCCAGAAUGCUUGUGUGUUCCUUUGCUACAGAUUCAACAGAAAAUAGAGGGACUCAUUUAGUAAGAAAGGCGCAAUUUGAUUUGCAAAUUUUAGACAGAUAGUAGUUUCAAACAAAACCCUUACUAGCAAUUUCCACCGCAUCAGGAACGGGUACGAAAAGGCUGUAUCUGUCGAAUGUAGCUGAUCGUAACCAUUCAAGUUAAUGUGUCAAUUUCUACCGAAAGUCUAAGAGUAAAUUUCGUCCUCUGGAAGGACACAAUCCACUGCUUAUAUGGUUAGCCUAUGUGGCUAGAGACAACUUGUUAUUGGGAGAUUGCACGUGAAUCCGCAGGUUCUUGAUAGUUCUUGCGAUUACUGCUGUCCGUAAUCUGCCAUGAAAUUCGCCUCACAAAUGGAUCCAGUAGGAAUUGGCGGACGAUGAAAAUUGGUGCCGAUCCGGAUGGGGUGAGAAUUGGGGGUUAUCUAGUUCAAAAUACUGACAAACUGCAUGCGAAACCAUUUGUUUACAUUAGGGUUGUAGAGCGUUGGAUUUUUAUAGAGGUUGCCAUAAGCUUGAGCUACAGCCAUGGCGAAAAAUAGUCAAAUUUUCCAGCCUGAACAUGUCCUUUUGGUCCCUAAUGGGUCAACACCUAAAUCUGUGGAUUCAAUAAAUAGACAGUUCCUACAAACUCUUUAUAACAUGUAAUAUAAGAGUCUUUUUCACUCCUGGUGGGACCAUUUCAUCUGAUGAGAGAAAUUUACAAGAACUCAAACUUUUUCAAAAAUUUCUGGGUGGCUCUGUGUGUGGAAGCAGACAGAUGAGAUUGUCACUCUAAGUGAGUUUCAGUUUUUCCUCCCAGCCACCCAGAAACUAGAAGUUGCAUCGUAUCGUAUCACACCGUAUUGAAUUGUAUCGUGUCAUAUCGUGUUGCAGGAAAGAACCUUGCAUUUACCACUGAUAUAAAUGGUAAAUCAGUCCUUUUAGCAGGCCAAGCAUGAAAAGGCAGUUUUGAAUCACUUGAAAAUGCCUGUGCAUGGGUGAAAGAGGUCUCGGGGUUGCAGGUAUGUUUCAUGUUUCCUUGCCCAAAUGCAACCCUAAUGAUCCAAAUCUACAAGAACCAGCAAGGACUGAGUCGUCUCCAAUCUUUUCACCAUCUGUAGCUUCAGGGCCUGAAAUCUGUGGCGUCUCAGCACGGUCAUACAUUCCACUGAAGACGUGGAAGACUCUCAUUUUCAUCAUAUACUGCAGAGUCAGUCAAACGCCAUCUCCUCUGACAGGAAUAGCCUCGGGGUAGAGAGGCAGGCCUCAACGCCAUUUAGCUUAAAGACAGACAAUCAAAUCCCAAUCAAAAUGAAUUAUUUUUGUUGUAUUUUAAUGAAGUUUCUUGUCAAUCUAUCUUACACUAUGCAGUCAUAUGAACACGUGUGCGUGCAGGGCUCGUGCGCACACGCCGCAUGUAAACGCUGCCAUGUGUCUUGUAAAAGCCACCGCAGCUCUGCCUCCACUCUGUCAUCUUCAUCAUCAACAUCAUCCGGAUUCUGAAAAAAAAAAAAAAAGAAAGGGGGCAAAGCAGCAGGUUCUAAUCCCCGCCUUGCUCUUUAACUACCUCACAGGAUUAACCGGGAGGAGGGGGAUCCGGCAACCCACGCGGAAAAUAAAGAGUCUUAUGGAGACUUUGCUCUGAUCCCGCUGCGUUAAAUGGACAGGCUGGAAGAAGCACAGAGAGGGAAUGUGCUGCACUUUUCUGUCCGGCUCAUGUUCUCACCAGUGGUGCGAAAAAUAAACUAACUAUUCCCCUAAUAGGAUCAACAUAUAAUCUUACUCACACUUUCAAGCAUUGAAAUAAAGAUGGAGGUGUUAAGUUAAUGCACUUAAACACUAAGCUGUUGUGGUGCAAGAUGUUUGACGGUGCAAAACAUAGAAAAUAUUUGCAUUAUCAGCUUAAUUCCAUGCAUAGAAACUUAAUUUUGCGCCUUUAUUUUGACAUCUGUCAGUCAGAAAUUUCUCUUAUCUCAAAUAGCAGUUGAAACCACACUUCCUCUAAAACAUGUACCAUACUUGGAGAUCAUUUGCAAGUCAGGAAAUCUAUUUCAGCAGGAGAAAAAAAAAACAACAAAAUCGUUUUUUAACUAAAAAGUGUCAGACAAACCUGUGUGGAAAGGGGUAAAGGGGAAAAGUAAUGACUGCAAACAAUCUGUGUAUAGACCUUCAGGAGCAUUCAUGCUUUGAAUUUUCUACUGUAAAGAUGCUGGAGUUAUUUUUAUUUUUAUUUUCCAUAAGCGAUAUAAAUGAGGUUGAUUUUUUCUUUUUACUAUUGUCAGGGCUGUCAUGUGUUUGUCUGGACUGCAGGAAGUUAUGGGACAGAGUUGUCUGGCUCCCUGGCACGCUUCUUACAUAACUACAGAUAUGGGAAGGUCUGUGUGUGUAUGUUUUUGCCCUUGACUGAUACAUUUCAACACUGAACUGGGGGAAAAGCAGCUGGACUCGUUUUUCCGUAUUGAUCCAGUAUUGACUCUUUGUUGUGUUUGUUGGUUUUGUCAUAUAUCUAUUUAAUCUUUCAUCCAAUAAGAUUAUACUUUGUAUUAUUCUCCGUCUAAUUCAGUGGUUCUCAAGUCCAGUCCUCAAGGCCCACUGUCCUGCAUGUUUUGGAUGUUUCCCUGCUCCAACACACCUGAUUCAAAUGAUCAGCUCGUUAUUAAGCCAUUACAGAGCUUGAUAACGAGCUGAUCAUUUGAAUCAGGUGGACUUGAGAACCACUGGUCUAAUUGAAAUACUUUUUAGCUUAAAGUGGUUGCACCUAAUCUGUUGGAUGGACACCGAUGUAAAAUGGCCUUUAUAAUGUUUUUUAUGUUAUUAAAUGAGGCUCAAGAUAGCUCUUGUGUCAUUACAGUGUAGUUAGGAAGAAGAUAUCGUAAUUAUAGGGUCGCCUGGUUUGCACAACUCAAGUGACACCCUACAGUUCUGAGAGUUGAAGGUGACACAAAAAAGCCAAAAUCUGCAGUUCCUCAAGUGUCCACUUGAGGCUUCCUGUGCGCACUCAUUUUGUAGUGGUGUGUCAGUCGUGAACGAUUUGUUCAAAAGAACCGAAUCUUUUAAGUGAACGCACUGAACCAAAUCACUUCCUCAAGUGAUUCGUUCGUUUCUGACUUCAGAUGAACUGAAGUAAGAAACAGCAUUGCCAGGCCAGCAGCCAGCAAACGGGGCACCGCAUGCACCGACGCCUGAAUCACUUGGUGAAUGAAUCACUGCUAAAUUGCCACCACAACAACUUGCAAACAAUAAGACACAGCAUGUAACAAGUAGUGCAUUAAACCCGCAGCAUCCUAUCAUUGGAGCGGUUUGCAAGGGAACGGUGUAUGUUCAGUUUGAAUUCUUCUAAACGUUCAGGAGGUCGCAGGCUUCUAAAUGAUUUGGUGAUUUGGUGAAUGAAUCUUUUUAGUGAACUGAUUCUAGUGAUUCAGUACAUCUAAAAGAACUGCUGUGCCCAUCACUAUCAUUUCGAAACCCUUGCAAGAAAAAUGUGCGUUUUUACAGCCUCUAUGAUGGUGUGAAUAUCUCAUUACAUGCAGUGUUAUGAAGUGUGUUAUUGCUAUAAGCAGGAAACAUGAGGAACCAUGACAGCAGUUGUGAGUAUCCUGCUAUAGUUUGUCUCUUGCGGGGGAUAAAUGAAGGCGAGUCGCAGCUGCAUAAGUCGCAUUCUACAUCUGAGGCCCGGUGCGUUACGGCUUUUUGGCGCAGAUGCCGAUUCUAAUCUCCGAAUCUGUCUCUUGGACAUUCCAGGAUUGAUGGCGGGGCACAUUAUUUCUCUGGGAGUUGUUUUUGUGAAGUGUGUGCAUGUGUGUGUGGGUGUGUACUUGCAUACGUGUGUGUGAAAUCGAGUUCUCACGGUGCAGACAUGGUGGAGCUCUCUGACUGCGCAGGGUUUGAUGGGAAAGAAAUCCCCGUGGGGCCACUUACACAACCGUUUUGACUGAUUGACAGAUAAAGGGCACACGCACACAUUUACACACACACAUAUACACACAUACUGUAUUUGUCUAUUUGUGUUAAUAGAGGCUGAACCCAACAAUUGUAUUCCAGAGCUGGCUAGUUAUUUAUAUCCAGGUCAGUCAUAAUCCAAACUCCGCUCUGUUUAUCCAGUAUGAGCUGAUGAAAAUGCUGUGCUACUAUUUUCACAUGACUGCAGAAGUUUUUGGUGUUUAUUUCGGUUCAAAGCCAAACUGGUGACAGACGAUUUAUUCAGCUAACUCAACACCAGGAUCUGGGCGACGGUGGUAUGAAUUAUGCUUUGGAUCGGAACAUUUUGUCCAGAAAAGGGAAAAAAAAACACAUGAUUCUACCACAAAAAAGCACCAAAGUACACAAGAUGCUGAUUGAAUUAUUGGAUAAGAGACAGAAAAUGGAAACUAGAUUAAAUUAGUUACUAAUUUUCAAGCCAGAAUAAACUACAGCUGCUGCUUUUUUAGUGUUUGAUGACAGCCAGCUGAGGAUUAUUGAAAAAGUUCUAGGUAUUUUUGGAGGAUUCAGACCCUUGCUAUUUUACACCAGAACUACUGAUCGUUGGCAUAGAUCGUCAGAUUACCAGAUUUUAUACUAUAUACUGUAGAUAUACUGUAGGCUACUGCUCUUCACGCCGACAGGAAGACCAACUGAUCAAACUCAGACCAGAAAUCGGUCAGGCCCUGAUACUAAGUCAUGAGAUGCUUGUCACUGUCGUAGGCUUUCAAGGCACUGGCACAGGAACCUCUGGCUAAGGCCCAGUUCAGGAGUCAAUGCAUCAGUUUUUUGUCGUAUCAGCGUUUCACCUUCACGGAAAUGGCAUUUCUGGUGAUUGAAAUACUUUUUGAAAAUGACCUUCUCUUAUGACUAUGGUUUCAUCUCCGUGUGGAUGGAUCUGCAUCUUUCUUAAAACGAUGACCUAACGAUACGCAGAUAUUUCAGUCUUAAGGGUAAACUUUAAAAAAAAAAAAAAAGAAACAGCAAUAUAUUAACAGCAGCAAUAUAGUGUGGAAAAGGCCUAGGACUGUAUUCCGUGGUUAGCGGUGAUCGCCAUUAGCUGCGGUGAAAACUACCUGGAUGAAACAAGCACAAAUGACGGAUAAUCCUACAGUGAUGUAGUUUGGCAGUAUUUUGAUGUAGGAAAUGGGGAUAAAGUUGUGCAUGGGUGGAGUCUGCUUGAUUUAGCUGAGAAAUAUGUAACCAGGGUAGAUAUGGUGGCAAACCAGCUGGACACCAUUUGCUGGACUCUUUAACUCCAUGUUAAAUAAACUAAGCUCAAUUUUGACUGUCUUUUAGUUAUUUUGUUACCUUUGACCUGCCUGUUGGUCUGACUUUUAAUUUCUGAUAACCUAACCGUAAAUUUGUUUUACUUCUUCUCUCACAGCACACCUGUCCAAAUGUAGGGGAGAGGAAUAGAACAAGCUGAUGUGACAACAUUAGCUGAUCUGUAUUGUAUACAAUCCUGCGAACAUUCACUUUGAGUCAUACAAGGCCGUUGUAGCAGUGUUAUUGCUCAGGGUCAUUGUUAAUGGUAUAGUGUCAAAAGCAGCAGGAUAGCUGUGAUCAGAUAUUCUGUGGUCGAUACAGACAGUGCAAGUCACGAGAAAACGUCAAGUGAGGAGAGUUAUGUGACCUGGAAUGACACGCACGCUUGGAAAAAGCUUGAUUUUCUCCAUGCAAACUCUGAAAAUGAAAUGCAUGAUAGAAACACGGCAACAAUUCCUGUUAUUUGCAGACGGUUUGAGUCCCUGAUCGCUGUGAUUGGACGUCACGUUUCAAGAGCGCUUUCAUUGUGCAACAGCAGUUUGAAAACUCCAAAUCAGCACCAGAAUUAAACUCCAGUGAAUAGCCGUCCCUCCAUUUCCUCCUUCCACUGAGUGUUUGUCGGCUAAAGUGGAGCUCACCUCUGGCGCUUGAAAGCCUGCAAUUGUCACCUGCUCUGUUCUGUUUGGCAGCAGUUAAGCUACCGCUGAGUUGUGACCUUAAAGUGAGUUUCAAAUCGCUCAGUAACACACACAUACGCCCGGAGGACUCCGACAAACACACUCAGACGCACUCACAAAAGCUCGCAGGUGCUGAUUGCAGGGCGCCGUUAAGCAACAAUCAAUCUGGAGUGGAGAAAGGAGUGCGUUUUACGACUUACUUAUUAUGCAUAAUCGAACAUGAUCCCCAAUCCACGUCCCAAUCUGCACACACUCACAACAACAAUCACUGAAAGAGCUCCACUCUGCAUGCAGGAUUAGUAAUGAUUAACCAGCUUCAUUAGCUCUGUUAUGUAGUCUAAAGACGGAGGGAGAAAAUUUAUUGACUUGACUUGUGUAGGGCUUCGGUGUCCGGCUUGGUGGGUGUGAAUAAGAUGCUGUUUUAUCCACAGUCUGAGUCAAGUAUGGAUGUAAUGUGGGACCAAGUCUUUCAAAGCACAGCCGAGGAUCCCUGAAUGAAAACAGUGUUUACAUUUGAGGGAUCUGACACCAGGUCUUGUAGCCAUCACAUGAGGAAACCGUGGGAAAUUCACCUCAGUUAUGUUAAACACAACAGAGGAGAGAUAUCCAUCUGAUAUCUGCAAAAAAAAAACUUAAAAUGGUGCAAAAAAGCCAAAAAAUGAAAACAGCCAGAAUGAUAAUGUUAAAACUGGGAACCCCUGCGCUCUAAUUACAGCUGUUUGUGGUUGUAAAUAAGAUACAGAAAGGUAUAAAGAGGAAAACUGAAGUUGCUCAUUGUUUGCAGUCUUUUCUCGUACCAGCCCAAGCAAAUUGGAAGGUUUUCCAAAACACGCCCUGCGGGCAAAUUAGUGGUUUGCAAGUCAAAGUUGGGCUGAGGAGCAAUUACAAGCUUGUUAAACACAGCUUUACUCUGCUCCACCUCGCUCCGGCUUCCUUUGAUGAAGACGUGAAUGUCACUUUGCACAGAGGUAUACAUGAAUUUGAGCUAUUUGUCUUCAUGGUGACAGCAUUGUUAAUACACGGCUUCUUCUUGUGUACGAAAUGUUGUUUUAAGUGUCUGAAAUCACUGCCGUGGGGGGUUAAGGCGACAAAAUUAGUCAAAACUCAUUAGAAAAUGACUAAAAUGGAGUUAAAACUAAGACUAACUCAAAGCACAUUAAUGAUGUGAUGGAACUGUUCAGCAUUGAGGCCCAAAAAGAGACAUAAAAAUACAAAGUAAUAUGCACAAUGUGUGCAACUCACUCGCCAAAUGUUUUAGUGUUUCAAAGCCAAAAAAUUUGUAGAUUCAUUCAGAAACUUUUGUACAGAACUCAAAUAUUUCAAUUUGUCCUCCAACAAAAACACAACAACAAAAAGAAAAACUUGGUGUCGUAAUGCAGAAAGUCAAACGAUACAGAAAAAGGAGUUUAAACUCUGACAGAAACCAAGUCUGCCUCUGACAGCUGAUACCCAGACUAAUUUUUGGCAGUAAUCUGAGGCCUGUUUGCCAUCCACGGAUCGCUCUGAGCCAAUACCACACACACACAACCUUCCACAUUACCUCAACGUCUCUUUCUACUAUCAACCGCAGUGUUGAUACCUGAUUUUCUUGCGCUUACGUAACCAUUAUGCAAGAUCCUAAGUCUCCGUGGCGGGGCCUAAUUAUGGCUGCCGGCCCUCCAUAUUAAUCUGUCUUUAAAAUGUUUGAAGUCCGCCCGAGGAUUUAGAUGUGGCUGCCAGUGUUUUUGAGCGUUCACUGCAAGUUGCUCAUUAUUGUGGCUGAGCCAAGGAGGCCUCAUUAAACGCAAAGGCAGACAAAAAUACGAUAAAGUGAAAGCUUAUACCUGCAUUUUAGUGCCAGGAAGUGUUUAUUGUUUAUACAUUUUUACUCAUUAAAAUCACAGCAAAAUCCUAGUAGGUAAAAAACAUUCAUAAAUGAGUUUAUGUGGUUUCUGGAAUAUAGGUCCAGUGAAAAACGUAUGUUGUUGCUGGCAGAGUGUGUUGUUGUUUUUUCGGUAUAGAGCUCAUUGUAAAAAGAUAAAAUGCCUCCAUAGGGUGCAUGAAUAAUAUCCAUCAAGGACCCAUAAAGCUCAACCAGCUCAAGCUGCGCAUUGUUGGAAUAAGUUGUGUAACUUUAAGCAGAAUACAAAAAAGCUUCAAAUCUGGAGCGUCAAAACAGAAAUUGUUUUGACAGUGAUGUUCAGCCAACUUCUGCAUUUGGGUCCUUUUUUGAAAACAAGAUAAACGAUUACCACGAUGGGAUGAAGUAAACAGCGCCUUUGUUGUCAGGAUGUGACUCGGGGAAGCAAACGCGGCACAGCCUGUCCCCGCAGGAGAGGAGAAAUCUGGUCGAAAGUUGUGUAACUCGGCGAAUAAUGGAGGUGUAUUUUCACUCCUACUCUCAGCCAGACGUAUGGCGACUUAUGUAACUGUACAGUAAAUAUUUUCUUAUAUCUCUAUACAGUAUUUGAACCUGUAUAUAAACUCUGCAGAGGGAACAAAUGCUUAUGAUUCUUGAAUGUGUCCCUGGACUAUUGUAUCCUCAGCACAGGCUGCGAUUCAUUCAUAUUCCUGAGUCGGACUUCAAAUAGUGAUUGUCUUUACUUAAAAAAAUAAAAAAAUAAAAAAUAAAAUACAGAUCAAUUUGGCCACAUCGAAAUCUCUUUAGGACUGCAGCUUAUAUAUACACAGUAUAAUGCAAAUGAAUGCACGCUUUUGGCAGAGAAUAGACACUACUUGCAAACUCAUGCAAGAAAUGCAGAGCAUGUACACACCAGUUUAUUGAUAACUAAUGAAGACUCGAGCAGGUAAAUGAUUGGCAAAUAUACCCAGACUUCCCGCCCAAGUGUUGCCUCUGUAAAGGAAACACUGCAUGAUAUAAGAAGAAACAAUUGUCACCUAAUCUAGGACAGCAAUACAAACUCUAGUGUAGCUGAGGAGGCCUCACAAAGCUGCUACCUGUUGUUGACUUUAGGCUAGAGUACUAGAAUAAGCACAAGGUUAAAGUAGGACUAGGUGAUUUGGCCAAAAUAAAAAAAUAAAAAAGAUCACGAUAUAUUUUGUCAUAUCGUCUGAUCUCGAUUAUUAUCACAAUUUUUUGUUUUAAGCUGCUAGUUUAAAAGCAUCUGUACUAAAAACUAAUGAAACUAGAAAUUAGUUCAACAUUUUAUUAACAAAGUGAAUAAAAAGGCAAAAUAAAUAAGAUAAACAUAGAAAAAUUAACUCAGUACAACAAAUGUAGAUAAAUAUUAAAAUGAACUAAUCUACAGUCCUUAGUGUUUUUGCAGGUAUGUAAGACUGAUCUAAACUUUGACGAUCUGAUUGAUUGCUGCUUUGGUCUGGUGGCUGCGCUGCUAGUUGUAGCUAAACCGCGAAUGCUACUUGUGCCGUCAGCAGUGACAGGCUGGACAGACUCCGCUCACAUUUUCGUGCUUUCCGCAUAAUCACUCGGGAAGUACUUCUUCAAAUGAUUAAACAGAUUUGUUGUGUGUGUUUUGAGGGCACCGACAUACCUUGCACAUCGGUUUAAUUGCUAGACGUCACUUUGAUGAAACCCAAACCACCACCACACAACCAACGUCGAGUAAAGCGAGGUACACACAUAAAGAUAAUCGGGCUGUUUUUGUCCCGAUUUUCCCACCAAGGACGACAAUCUGAAGAUUAUCUUAUGUCUUCUAAGAUUAUCCUAUAAGAUUAUCAUGUCGUCUAAGGUGCGUGUAGAGUGAAUUUGUCCCGAUAAUUGGGUCCGAAACAGGUCGGGGCUGACAAUCGUAAAUAUUAAACUUGUUCAAUAUUUUCGGCCAAAAAUCUUCACGUGUGUGGGGAAAGCUGACGACUCCUGAGUCGUGACUCGGUGAAUUGUCAUGUGAAACGAAAUGUAGCCAAUCAAGACGCGAGCUGACCGAGAAACAAGGAACCAAAUAAAGUGAACAAAAAUAAAGUAUGGCCUACGGGAUUUAGUAUGGUAUUUUUCUCUCAAAAAUACUUCCAAAACCACCAUCAUUCCCUCCUCUUGUGUGCCCUCUUCCAUGUUGCGUCUUGUGUUUCCCGGUUGUUGCUAUGUUUCUUUUUCUUCAUUUUUGUUAGAUCAUGUUUUAUCAUGCAAGUUUCGGUCUUGGAGGACUAGAUUCUAGAUUGGUGGUGGAACAGAAUCGUUUUGAGUGUGGUGAGAUUAUCGGAGCACAUCACACAGAGUAGGAUCAAAACUGUUCAAUGCCUGUUUUUUUUAUCUUCAUGUGUGGGGUCUGUAACAGAUAAAAAAUAUCUUCAGAUUUAUAAAAUCCUUAUGUAUGAACCCUGCUGAACUUUUCUUCUUAACAAUGGCAACUUUGGAGGAUGACUCAAAGUCACGGUUGAGAUCUAUUUUGCUGCCCUCAGCUCCGUGUUUAGCUCCACAUUCGGUCAUUCGGUUUACUUCCCCUGUUUACUUCUCCAGCAACUUACAGAAGCUUGACUCUGAUUGGCUGUUGUCACCCACAUUUCUGCUAUGUUUGAUCGAGUAAAUAGGCUCACAGCUGAUCACCGUAAUCAAACGGAAAUGUAUUACGAUAAUUUCAUCACCCAGUCUUAGGUUGAAGUCAAACAUGUUACCCCCACUUUCUGACCUUCCUCAAUACACAGACGACAAGACUGAAACCGGUGACCACGGAUCACCCUGGCUGGCUUUGUUUAAACCACAAUCAAGGAUGACAUGUGUAAUGAUAUUCCAGGAAGCCAGCAGAGGCCCAGGAAGAGAUCAUUUAUUGGAUGCAGACACAAGAGGAACAUUCGAAUCGCCACGCCGCACUUUCGGCUGUCUCACCCUAAUAAAUGACCUUUGAGCAGAGUUUCUGUGGCACAACACGGAUCCAGAGGAAUGCACGGGUAUUUUUCAACACUUCUUGUGUCUCUUACAGGCUGGCGUCAUGCAUGCAUGUAAUAGAUUGCUUUCGCUGACCUGGAACCUCCUAGAGGGUUCACAUCUGCUUGUAAUUACUGACCACCCUCGCUCGUCAGCCGGCGCUACUCGUAUGUGUGUGUGUUUGAACAUGUUUCUGUCACACAAAAACGAUUAAUAGGCUUCUCCACCUGUUUCAGGUUGUUCCCGAGGCUGCCUGAGGAGAAAAUAAGCGCCAAAAUUAUGGAUCCUCAACUGUUAUUUACACAAAAGUUACAUAACUCGGAGAAAAAGCAGUUUGGCGGUACUGGGCUUAUCAUUGGUUGUAAAAUGUGAGGUUAUCGGCUUUGAAUACGGGAGGUCAUGCACAUGGAGAGUUAUGUGAAAAAAUAACCUGUUAUGUUGGGUAUAUCUAAAUUUGUUACCAUGACAACAGACAAUAAGAUGGCAGAGUAUAGAAAGUAUAGCAUCGACGUUUAGAUCUCCAAGAUGACGGUGGUUGUUGAGUGAAUGAAGACGGGUGUAUGACUGAAACUUCAAGGCAGUCAAUUUCUUUAUUUCCUCAAAAAUAGGACAAACUGAGGAGAGACGGGAGAAGCAAUCUGGCAAAGAUGGUGCAAUCAAACGAGGCUGCAUUGAAAUCAGCUGGGAUUUGAUUGAAAACAGAGUACAGCCGCGAUGAAAAGGCACUGGAGUAAUCGUUCCGCGUCCAGGUUACGGUUGAUCUUUGUCAAUAUCGUUAUGCAAGUCUGUGAUUCAGCUUUCAGUUGCACUGAUUGACUCAUUAACUGACUGUUUGCUCUGCUAGGGUUGUGUAAUGUUGCGUUACAGUGGAAGCAGAGGGACGGAGAUGAAUAAAAGAACUCCUGCAAAGCCUCAAUUGACUGCCCUCAGCCUUGGCAUUCAUACGACAGAUCAGGCUUUCUUUACAGUCAGAACUGAUUGGAGUCUUGCAGGAUUUCUACCCUGGUCAUUGCUCAAGCCAGUGGAUUAAAGGCUUGAAAGUAGAGGAUUUGCUUCAUUGUGUCUAUUUACUAUUGUACAGGAUUUUAAUGGGGAUAUUCCCAGCAGAAAUUAAAAGCAGCGUGCGUAUGUGUGUGAAUACGUUUCUUUGAAGGGUCAGGGGCGGGUUUAUCGCUCUCCUUUUUCCCAUAUUAUACUCACGUUAAUGAGCGAUUGGGGAGUGGUUUUGUCGAUGCGUUACCACGGCGCUGCAGGCCAAUAAUGAUCAAAGUGACGCCUCUCUAGUGCAAGCAUUAUUGAGCAGUAAGUAAAUAGCUUUGUUGUUUAUUAUUAGCUACAUGAUAGCAUGGCGCUAUCAAUAAGUCAUUAAGGACAUUGAUGAUCCUCGUGGUUCUAGAAACAAGUGGUUCCACUCAUGUUGCUUAUUUUUCAUAUUGACAGUCAAAUAUGCAAAUAUUUCCUCAAAUUUGCUGUGAUGACAGCAACACACUGACGUCACUCAUCUUGUUUUUCAGUCAGAUUAACGCAGUCCAUCAUCACAACAUGCAUCCGACUGGCUGUUCAUGCAUGUUUUAGGUGUGUUACCAUAGCAAUAUUUCCCCUCCUUCCCCAACCUCUUUUCAUUUUCUGUGUAUGUGUUCCCAUGGAAACUGACAAUUUUUUUAUUUUUUUUUUUCCAAGGCUUUGUGCACCAUUGGUCCCUUUGUCUGAAAUAGAACGGAAACCACAUGCUGCAGUGCACUGUGUGUCAAAACGGCAUUAGUCAUCUAACUGCACAGGGCCAGUGAAGUCAGCGGAGUGAUUAAUCUUUCCAGAGUAACAUCUGUCAAAUGAGAACAAAAAGAAACACAAACAAUGCUGAGAACCAUGGGUAAUUGGACGGAGGCUUUACAUAACAUUUGAAAUACUGAACUACUGGGAACUGACAGUAAAAAGGAGUGCAUAAAAUUGUGUUUAAAGCACUGUUUAAUCCUAAUCUUACGCCUCGUCGACAUCAUGAUAAUCAAAAGCAUCAUCAAUCUUGCCUAUGAUUCCUGAUGAGGGUCAGAUCCUGAAUUAAAUGGCGAGUACAGCAGCAUAAGUUCUCCUGGAGCACUCGCCAAAUUUCUUUUGGUCGUUUCUGCCUCUGCAUUUAACUACAAUGGGCUGUACUAAGCUAAUAGCUGUUGAAACCAUUGAUUAAAAGUUUAUCUAAUGAUUGUAAAUGCCAACUUAAUAAGUGAAAGUGACGUUUUCUAUGAUACAGUUGUUUAUCUUGGGCAAACCGCGCACUCAAAUCUCUCUUUGCAUUCUUUCACCUCCUUGUCUAACUCUUUUCUCUUGCAAAGCAUAUUCCUGGUUUAAACUGAUUUAUUUCUGCCCAUACCCAAUUGGAUUAAGUGGAGCAAACUGGCAGAAAAUACCAUUUGUUAAACUUCAGAUUAUCUGAUUAGAUCUGCUGGGUCAUUCCAGCAAACAUCAUGGGUGGGGAGUUUGAGAGGUCGAAUAAAUACAGGGGAAAACAGAUGAUGGCAGUCGCGUUGAGGCUUAGCAACGGGUUAUAUUUUGGAGACAAACAUUAAGGCGUUAAAAGAUUUGCGACGGUAGCUGCACGGCAGAUUUGUCUCAAUACAGGCUACGCAAACAGUGUUACAUCUCAAUAAGCAUUCACGUCACACUGGGAGCUAACAUUAUGAAUGCCUUGGUUGUUUCUUCCAGAGGCAUUCAGUGUUAUGAUGGCUUGACAUUUGUGAGAUGAGCAGCAGGGGAUACAUGAACGAAUGGAUCUGCGGCCGAGAAAUAUGUGAUCCCAUUAACCUUGACGGGCUGGAGUGUGACACUGGGAGUGUGGUUGUAACGGUGGAGUUAAUGAGCUGGAACUCACCAAUGGAUGACAUCAUAACCAAAUGAAUGACAAAUUACGGCAAAUUACUGUCGAUUUUUCAAGAUCAUUAAGAAUUUGCUGGAUGAUAUUUUCAGAAUGUAAGCAGUUUCCAAUUAUAGCAGUAGAUGUGAGCUUACAAAGAUAUUUCACCAUGACAAGAAGCUGAGGGAUUUGUUUCUGCUGAAGUUAGUUCCAAGUUGGACAUCCAAGCCUGGCCAGAUCUAUUUGGCUUCAGCUUGUUGAGAAUGAACAAGUGAUUUCAAUGUAGAUAAGGGGUUAAAUCAAAGAUGCAGACUAGCGCAGAUGGAUGCCGAAGCGGAAAAACACUGAAACAAACUUGGCGAGUGCUCCAGGAGAACAUAAGAUGAUGAAUCUGACUGAAAAUUGGAAAAGGGGACAUUCGAGUGUAGCUACAACAGCAUGUCUCCAGGAUGUAUGUUAAAUUUAGAUUUUUUCAAUGCUUCCUAGCCAGUUGUUGGACGUCUUGACUUGUAACACUGGAACAAAACCAAAGUAGCACAGGAGAAGUGGAAUCCCUCAAAGUGGGAGUGGUUUUGCAUGCAUGCUUCAUGGCAAAUAAAAGCUUGAUCUUUAAACAGCUUUGUGUCUCUCAUUUACCCCCCUUAUCUUUCGAAAAUAGCACAAAAAACACUGGUCACGGCCUUGGCAUUUUUGUGGGAAUUUGUGCUUUAAGUAACCUGUGGGAACGUUCUUGUCAUUCCAAGGGAACUACAGAAGAAUCUGUGGUUGUUAAUUUUGGUAAUUUGGACUAAAAGUACCUUUAUCUGACCAUUCAAGGCCAAAAGAUGUCUGUAUUACUCUACCAGACUGUUAUAAUAGAAUUUAAAUGUAUUAGAUAAUUACUAAAUGUGCAGUUAACAAAGGAGACAUACUUGUAAAAGUUUAGGGUCUCAUUUCAAUGGUUUUGGGGAGUGUUUUAAGUCCAUGUAGUGAUUUCCACUACAGUCAUGUCUGUUUUAAUGGUGUACUGCUUGGGGGCUUAUAAUAAAUAUCGAGACUCUACAGUUAUCCUCUAACAAAAAGCCACUUUGUCAAAAGUUAAACCCUGAAAGGCGAGCUCUUGGACAUCACAGUUUGUGAAUUUCAAUGGGCAUCACUACAGGUCUCACAGGCUUUCAGCUCAUUGUUGCCAGACUCCAGCAGUGGCACCAGGAAUUAGUCUUCCCCCUUCGCUCUUCUGUCAGCAUUCCAGGGGUUUCAUAGUUUGACACUCCAGAACUGAAGCUCAUCCAUCCCCUUCAGAGACCCCGCUGGGCGAAGCCAGCCUGACCGAACAGAGGCCUCCUAUUUAACUUUUCCAACUGUUUGUCUUUUCUUUCGCCGUGUGUGUAUGUACAUGUGCAUAUGUGUGUGCGUCCCCCUCAAGCUGUGUGUGAGGUCAAGCAGUAGGGAAAAGGGCCGACUCAGUCAGCGAUAAGGAAUGGCACACACAAGGGAACACACACAAAAAAACACACAGCUGGGCUGAAUAAAACGCUCUAUUAGAAAGGGCAACAUGCAACUUCUACCUGCUGGACCUGUUUACAGGCUCGGUCACACACAUGCACACACUCUCAGGUGGCUCUGUAGGUCGCCUGUAUCCACAUCUUGUUUUGCUCUUAUAACUGAAUAGCGGCUCUGUUGCCUCGGUGCACUGAGUGGGGUUAAAUAACAAGAGGGCUGACAGCGGGAGGAGUGAGUCAAAUAAAUUAGCGCCGAUAGAGGUCUGAUCAUUAAAGUUUAACAGAAAGACUUCAGUGUGCCACAAAACGAAAUACUCCUCAUCACACUUCGGCAAAUAUGGCUCAUUAGUUUGCUUUGUGAUUUAUUAAAGGACAAACAUAGUCCCAUAAAAUCUGUAUACAUGGGUGACAACUGAAUUUAGCGAGAUAAAAAUGAUACGUAACACCCUUUCCUUGAAAAGGGUGCUAUGAGUACCUGUAUCAGAUUGUUUCUUAUCAUAUUAUGUAAUUUUGUAUUGCAACUUAAAAGUACAGUACAGUAUCAUGCUUUAUCACAUUGUUCAUCUCUGUAUCGUAUGUUACCAUAUCGUUGUCCUAUUGUCACGUACCAUAUCGUAUCGUAUCACUUUCGUAUUGCUUUUGUGUCAUAUUGUAUCAUUUUAUCUCUGUACUGUAUCUUACGGUAUCAUUUCUGUGUCAUAUCAUAUCGUAUCCGUUUCAUUUCAUCUCUGUAUCGUGUCUUACGGUAUCGUUUCUGUAUCAUAUUGUAUCACUUUCGUAUAUCUUUCGUAUCAUAUUGUAUCGUUUCAUCUCUUUAUCAUAUCUUACGGUAUCGUUUCUGUAUCAUAUCGUAUCGUACAUUUUUCGUAUCAUAUUGUAUCAUUUCAGUUCUGUAUUGUAUCAUACAGUAUCGUUUCUGUAUCACAUCGUAUCAUAUCUCUUUCGUAUGGCAUUGUUUCAUCUCUAUAUCGUAUUUCUUAUCUUAUCGUUUCUGUAUUGUAACUCUUUCAUAUCAUGUCAUACUGAUCAGAUUGUACCAUACAGUUUCUAUACCUUAUCUGUAUCUUAUCUAAGAUAAGAUAAGAGAACUUAAUUGAUCCCUGAAAGGAAAAUUCAAUACCAUGACACCAUAUUGUACCAUGUUGUUUUGUAUUAUGUCAUAUCUGUAUGGUAUCUGUAUCAUAUGGUAUUUUGUUAUUGUAUUUCCCUUCAGGGAUCAAUAAAGUUCUUCUUACCUUGUUUAGCUUUAUUUGAUCAAUGUUUACUCAUGUCCAGCAAGAAUCAAUAAAAAUUGAUAUCCUUUAAAAAGCUGUAAUCGGUCAACCAUUAUUAGAUGUAUAUCAUUAUAUAUAUCAUGUAUAUUAUUACAUUGUGUUGUCCUGUGGGUGCAAAAAGUAUCAUAACAGAUUGUUUCUUAUCACAUUAUGACGACUCUGGUCUUAUCCAAGCUCAAGCAGUAGAUACAUUGAAAAUUAAUGAGCAGGAGAACUUCAGUAGUAAAUGUUCAGAAAGGUCAAUAUUAUUGAAUUUAAUUUUUUUUUAAAGAUACAAACUAUAGUGCUGAAUAUUUUUUCUCUGAUGUAAACUGAACAAAACCAAGAGUGCAUAAACACAGACACAUUAGAGUCCGCUUGUAAUCCCCUCUGUCUGGAUGAGGCAUUAGAUAAAUUGCAGCAGUGUCUCCUCUCCUUCUCUUCCCUCUCCGUCUUAACCUCUCCCUCUUCCUGACCUCUCCUCUCCGUAGACAUGGAGGAAUGCAUGACCACUGACUCAGAUGACUCGAAUGUUCAAAGGCGUCUCAGAAAUUCAUGAUGAUUCACUUUAAUCCAUCCCACCUUGAUCACAGAUUAAGCCAACGUUAGCUUGUCUAGGGAUGAAAAAUGAGCAUAACGUCUGCAUUCUAUACCCUACACCUCCUCCCCUUCGUGUGCUGUGCACUCUUAAUGUGAUUCUAUGCGCGCGAGGAACAUAUUGUGAAUCCAUCAGUUCAAGGCCACUCCAUGUCCUCACUUGCUCCUGGAAUGUAAAAAUGUCUUUUUUUUCCUGUGCACAUUUUAUUUCUUGGUAGGGUAAUUUAAUUUUAUACAUUUGGUUUGAGUUUGGUACUGUCGUAAAUACCCACAUGUUGUUUUUAUUCAGCUUUCUCAUAUUUAUCCUAUAAUUUUUAUGACUGUAAUUAUUGCUGGUGCUACAUCUUAUCGACUAUAAUCUUCCCCCUGCCCGUCAUUGAUUACAAUCAAGGGGAAAAAGCUUUUCCAAACUAUAAUACUCAAAGAAACGGACACCGAUGUUUUACCUUACUUGGCCUACAAAUGUUUUCUUUCCAGAACCAGAGACUGAACUGAUUGGGGAUUACCUCCCAACUUUGCAGUUUCUUUAGGUCCUCAGAACUCAUCCAUUUGCUUCUCUAGUUGCUAUUUUUCCCAUUUAGAGAUUUUGGGACAAGAGAUGUCACAAUAUCAGAUUUCAGUUUUCUCAAAAAACAUUCACCAGUGCAUUAAUUAUGGGAUAAUUAUGAAAAACUUAGGUGGAAAAACACUAUCAUUCCAAUCCCUAUACUAUGCCAAUGCCCCAAAUUGGUUCCACACUAUUACAGUAUCCCACUCCCCUUACUGAGCCUUCAUUGGGACCCUGAUGAUUAUUAUAACUGUAUAUAAUGCUCAUAAAUCCAUUAUGUGAUACCAUAACUGUAGCGGGUGUACAGAAUAAGGUAUUGAGUGGCCAAAUAAGUGCUUUCAUAGUUGGUGCCAACCAAAAGAAAAGAGCUUGAAGCAAGUGGUACUGAUAUUGGAUACCAUUUUCCAAGGUUUUCAAUUCAACUGGAUGUCCCAAAUGAGAACAUAGUCUCAACUGGGUCAGUCACUGGUUUUUCAGAGAUGGUGGUUGCCAUAUUUGAAAUACCAACUCUAGCUAACUUUUGGUAAACCGAAAAAAUGGGCGAAGAGUUGGAGCUGAGGAAAGUCUAUGGCUUCCUGGCAAACAGAUGCUUUCCAGUCAAUGCCUUACAGCCCUAAUUAUGCCAAAUGCGUCACAACUAGCUUCAAUAAAAUCAAAACAGACGUGUAAAAAUAAUCCACUUGUGUGGGAUUGUGAUGACAGGUCCAACUGGGACUCUUGGCUCCAUUUUUCAAUUCCAAAGGUUUCAGCUGAAUUUGAAUAUUUACACAAUCUUAGUUCCUCUCUUAGUUUUAUCAGCUUGUAAAAACAUCUUUUUUAAGUGUUUUGGUUUAGGCUGAUUUUCUCCACCCCCUCGUCUCCCCAUACCUUUGUGAAAUUUGAGUUUGUGAAACCAAAUUCACUUUAUUCAAACAGGGAACAAAAGUUUCUGUAUAUAUGUGCCAAAAUAUAUUCAAUUGUUUCCAUAUAACAUUAAGAUGCAUGAUCCAAUGCCUUGUCUUACACUUUUUACGUCAUUUCUUUACCUCAGGGUGAUUUCACCUGGAGCAGCCUGUCGGGGAGGAGCGUGCGACUGACACCAGUUGCUAUCCAGAGCCUAUCGGAGCUGGAGAGGGCCAAGCUGCAGGAAGUGGCCUACACUCGUUUACACCAAGACUAUGACCUUGGAUGUCAGAUAACCAUACCAAAAGGUGGGAAAAAAGUGCUGUGAUGCAUGUUGCAACUCCCCCACAUGUUAAACAGAGUUACAUAAUUUUUCAUGUUUGUUAGUUCUGGUUGGGUGGAAUUUACUGCUUCUGCAAACUUCAGAUGGCGUCAAGCUUUCAGGGCACUAACAUUUAUGUGGCUGUUAACUGUGACAAAACACAUCUGUGAUUGGGUUUGGAACUUUUCCAUGCUGCAUUUGAUAUUCCUAACUGGCUGGGCUACUUUCAAGUGGCCCAUAAAAUAAAGCCGACGCUCCAGCUUCUGACCACAUCCUCCUGUCAUGCCUUGAGUGUAUCUAAGGAAGUCAUGUUGGGUGUAUGUUUGGGGAAGUCGUGACAACACAUGGGCUUGGAUAUAAACCACUUCACUUUAGGAUCGGGUGCUUCCUGUUGGACGUGGUAUCUGUUGAACCCCCCCUCUCCUUGUCGCAACACGUGAUUCCUUUUCCGCUGCUGCUAAAUUUGACCACAGUCUUCACCCAAAAUGUCGUGUAAACUCUAUUAAAAAGUGUUGUUCCUGUGGGUCUGAACAACAAAGCUAAACAACUCUAAUGAGGGUUUGGAAAAUGACUGAAUUAGGCAUCAAAAUAAAGCAGAAAUGGGCCGAGCUCUGCACGCAAACUGGUGGUUUCCCAGUGGGCCCGCCCUUGCUAAAAAUGUCUCCUUGCAUCAGGAGUUAGGGUUAGAUUGAAGGGAAAUACUCCCACUUAAUGCAGAGUGGGCAACUUGCAAUUCUGUUAGGAAACUAAAAAUAAUAGUGGAAUGAUCAACACGUGCUUAAGUGAAACUUUCUUUGAAAUGGGAAGAACACUGGUCCACUUUUAGAAAUCCUACAAAAUACAAAAAAGAAGUUUUGAACAAGUACUUUUUGAAGUAAAGAGGUGUUUAAAGCAGAAAAAAAGUGUAAUUAUCCCACAUUUUAUGCCCUGUUAAGCUGCAAAAGUUUUACACGUGCGCAACUCAACCCUUAAGACUUCUUGUUCUUGACCUUAGGUGACAUUAUCUUUCAAAAGCUGCUUCCAGAGCUAGAGGAAGAGCAGACAUCCUACAGUACAACUAAUUUCACAAGAUAAAGUGACACCAAGCGCCCACGGCAGACAUCCGUCAUUGUGUAGCCCUCUAUUCUGGUUUAAUAAUAGCCUGUUGUAUUUGAAGUUCUGAGUGCAUAGACUCAUAGAUGUUGAGUCUAUUGGAAUUGAACCCCCUACUUAUUACGAUCCAUAAACUAACAGUAUCUUUAAAAAACAGGAGACCACACAGAAAUAGCAGGCUUUUCUUUUCGGAGCCCUUCUGGUUUAAACACUCUUGGUUUUGGUAACCUAACCAACGAACUUUCUUGUUUACACAUCGUCUGCUCAUGUUGUAAACUUCGUCCUGCCUUACCAAACUUCUUCAAGUGAUUCUGCUUCUUUUUCAGACCUUAAAAAUGUCCUUUUGCUUUUGGCGAGCCUCUGAAAGAACGGUUGAUGAUGCAAGCUAUCCACAUUGUAAAGCGUUUGUUUACUACACUGUAUAGGAGAAGAAACGCUGUCAAAGCUGCAGUAUAGUGCAGCCUGUGGAUUAUCCCAGGCCUUGCAUUCCAGCUGAAGGUUAAACCUCUCCCCGGCAUGAUUUAAUACGUACUUGUCUGUGUUGCUUAUGAAUUCCAGAGCCCCUAACGGCCGCCAUGUGCUUGCUAGGGGAAUAUUUCAACUGGUGUGUAUGAGAGAAGGCAAGAGAGCGUGUGUGUUAUUGCUAUUUCAGCACCGUUAAUGUGGGCGCUAAAGCCCCGCUGUUCCUCAUAUUUAUCUGGGUGCUAGGGGUCAUGUUUCCAGUGUUUCUCCAAAAGCAAGGAAAGGGUUUAUGGUGAAAUAGAGCCUGAUAUAGACAAAGGGUGUGAUGAGAAAGAAGCAGAGGUUCAUCAGUCUGGUUGGGAGUUGGACUGGGGAGGUUUUGGAGGUUCGGGGGAUUUCCGUACGGCUUUGGGAGCCAUCUGUCAAAAAUCCAAACCAUUUCCUAUCUCUGCUUCUCCCUCCUCGCUCUCUCUCCGCCUUUACUCUCCAUCAUAACAUCUGCUUUCUUUCUCCAAUGUCUCACCCCCUCCUCACUGAUUCCCACCUAUUUUUCACUCACUUUUUCUCUGCCGUUUUCUUCACCACUUGGACUUUGAAGGACAUGACGCUUUUAUUAUAAAUCUCCUCAGCGGCUAUAAAUUGACAAUCAACCAAAUGGCACCAAUCUGGAACUUGUUCAGACUUGUCAGGAAAAAAACUUUUGACGAAUGUCGAAAUUGAACCUGCGUAGCGAAGCAACAGGCAAAUGCAGCCAUCAAACAUAGAUUGGGAGUUGGAUAGAGUUUCCUGAGUGACUCAUUUGAUGCAGCAGAAGGAACAUCUGUGGGUUCAAACUGAGGCUGCUCCACUAUUACACCGAUGCAAGACUCUCAGCAUGGGUCCAGAAUGAUCCCUACAAAGUUGAACUUGGAUACCAAAAACCAAACACAACAAAGUAAGCGAACGAUAGCAUCAAAAGCUGCUAAAGUCUCACAGACUGACAUCCUGGCCCCCAGACGAGAAGUCUGAGACUUUCAAGUUGCCUGAGCCAUGAUUUCCAGAUCUUCCUGAUCAUUAAUCAGGAGUCAUUCAUCAUGUGGACAGCUGACAAAGUGGCCUUCCUUCUUUGAGUGCACCAAAAACCCAGAUCUAAAGUGCUUACAUAUGCAUAUAAACUUUCCUGUUAGAUCAACAUUUGCUCUUUAGAAAUUCAAGUCUUGUUUCUGAUUCAGGCAGAUCAAAUGUCUUUGCCUUCUAGUUUGCAAACAGAGCUUGUCAUCUUGUUAAACCAUGUUAGUACUGUAGUGUUGAGCUAGCUGGCAGCAGUAUCAGAAACACCUCAGGGAUAGCCUCAAAUAUAGCGUCAGUUUUUAUUAGUAUAUCAGUUAAAGCACCAUUACAAUUCGAUAAUUCAAUAGUCUCCCAAAUAUUUGUUCUUCUUCACCAAAUCAGAAACCUACAUAAUAAAACAAUAUAUUAUGACAGCAACAUAAAUAUCAUCAUUGUAAUCAGAAUCAGUAUUUGUAUAAAUAUCAAUAUUGGUAUCAGUGUUAGUAUUGGUAAUAGUAUCAGUAGUGUUGGUAUAACUGCCAGUAUUGGUAUUAUUUAUUUUUGGGGAUGAUCAAUAUUAAAAUCAAUACUGGUAUCUGUAUCAGCAUCAGUAUCUGUAUCAUUACCAACAUAGUUAACAUUGCUAUAUCAUAGAUAACAAUAUCCUCAGAAGAACUAAUAUCUCUAUCAGUAUCAGUUUUGGUGUCAGUACCAACUUAGAUGCCGAUAUCCUUAUAAGAACUAGUAUUUCUAUCAGUAUCAGUAUUGUUAUCAGUACCAGACUUGUUAACAGUAGCUGAAUCAUUGUUAUCAGUUUUGCUAUCUGUAUCAGUACCUGCAUCAAUAUCAAUGACAAUAUCAUAAUCUACAAUAGUAUUAGCACAAGUGUAAGUAUGAGUACUGACACCCGAAUCAGUAGAGGCAUCAGCACUGGGACUUACCAUUAUCGAUAUGCAUGUUAGUAUCAGUAUCAGUAGCAGUGCCAAUAUCAUUACCAUAUCGGUAUCAGGACAGGUCUCAGUGUUGAUGUCAAUAUCAGUACUGGUCUCAGUGUUUUGAUCAGUAUCAUUAAUACUACAGAUAUCAAUAUCGUUAUCGGUAACAGAGUCAUUAUCAGUCGCGGUAUCAGUAUUGAUCACAGUUUUGGGACUGUAGCCAUAAUUAAUACCAAUACUGAACCAGUAUCAGCAUUUGUAUCCAUGUUACUGCCUGUACUAGUGUGAGUAUCAGUUUCGGUAUCAGUAUCGUCAGUAUCACCAAUAUAAAAAUAUAUUUGUAUCUGUGUUGGUAAAAAUAUCAAUAAUAGUAUGAGUGUUGAUAUCAGUAUUGGGAUUGUAACUGCUAGUGAUAUUGAUAUAUCAGUUUCUGUAUCAGCGUUAGAAAAUAAAACACGGUAACAAACAUCUCUACCUGUGAGCUCUGACCACAGAAGGUAAUUGAUCAGUUUAGUAAUUUUAGGAACCAAAACAUAUUUUUCAAGAGAAACCUGGUCAAAAAACCCAAUAAAAAGUCAUGUAAGCAUCACAGGACCUUAUCUACCCCAAGAAAAGCCGAUACACACAUCAGCUUGUGCAGAUAAACAAAUUUUAGCCACUUAACACAAUCAUCUGCUGACUAAUACGAGAGCCGACCCUGUCUGACAUUUCAGCUAAAUGGAUUUGAGUUCAUAGACAGGUUUCCCCCUGUGCUUAAUCUGGGUCUGCAUUCCUGAUGAAAGCUUAUUAGAUAUAUGCGAGAUAGGACACUGCAGAUAUGGAAACCAUUUGCUACACAUGAUUUAUUUUCUUGUUUUUUUUCCGGCACAGAUGGACAGAAGAGGAAAAAGUCGCUGAGGAGGAAGUUGGACUCGCUUUCCAAAGAGAAGAAUAAAGACAAAGGUACGCCACGUUCUUUAAACUCAAGCUCACAGGGGUUUCUUUCUCCUCCUCUUUUUUUUCUCUUGCCUUGUCACAACUCUAAACACUGCUGUCUCCUGGCAGUGAGACAGAAGGCCAGUCUGUGGUCUCCGCCCCUCAGGCAGGUGAACAGAGAGGUUAUAAAAACAGUUUCUGUUUACUGGGCUUUGACAGUUUAUAUUUAGCUUAAGUAAAGGGACUCCUUGUAAGGGGACUGGCUCUGAGAAGCAGUCACUCUGCUGCACUAAGUCAAGAAUAUUUGCCAAAAAGAAAGAAACAUCUCAAGUGAGUGCAAUGGCAGAGAAGUUGGGAGAUAAACUCCCUUUUAUUAUCAAAGAAAGCUGCUGAUCUCAGGCCUUGAGUGAGAUAAAUAUAUACAGAAAAUGUCAAAAAUGACUGCACUAGAGCAGAAUUUUGCUUAGGCAAAGCUGUUUUUAGCUAAUACCAACUGCCAUGCACACUGGGAUCCAGACAGUUACACACCUGGGGUCUUUGCUGCUGCUGCUCUCCCUGCCUUGUAUAAGCAUAAUGAUCUGUUUGACUACAGUUGGGGAGGUGUACUCUACCCUCUUCAUCCUCAUUCCACACUGCAUCCACACACUGCCAAUUAUAACCAACUACAUGCAAAUAAAUAGUUCUCUCUGACUAAAGUUGUCCUUACUCAAAUGUAGCUGUUGUGUAACCAUUAUUAGAAAAAUACCUCAGUCAGAUUAUUUCAGUUCUAUCUUUGCCAGCCUUGUAAUUAUUACUAAACGCUGUGAAAAGUCCCACAAACAGCUGCUAAGCCUUGAGUGUAAUAUUGGAAAUAUGAUCUGGCUGUUAUAGUAUGCUACAGCUGUGAUGUCUGGGAAUAAUUCACAUGCCUUAACCAAACUGAAGUGGAUAUUUUCUACAGCAACUGCGGCAGCUGGUAGUAUAUUUGCCCGUAACCUAGGGCAUACAGUUGAGGAAUUUCAUGAAGCAAACUUCCAAAACAAAGUUCUCUCAGAGUUUUAUAUGUUAUAUAACAUAAAGGAACUCAGGAUUCGUUUAUGACAGCUAGAACUCACCGUUUUCCCUCCUUCUACAGUACAUGUCUGGCUCUGCUCUUCCUAAGCAGAUGGCUCAGAUGGAAAUGUGGUCGAACCUGCCAAAUUGGUUCCAAGUUUAAUUUACUCCCAGGGUUCAUGAAAAAAAAUAAAUACCUCACUGUUUUGCUUUGACACAAGCCUGUCUUUUUGUUUUAUUCAAAGAGAACAUUGGGUACAAAGAGUGAAUUGCAUUAUCUAAGGUUUUGCAACAGACCUUAAUUAAAUUCUACGUGCAAAAAUCCGAUAAUAAUCUACUAUGAUCUGAUUAUCUAAACAAUUGUUUGGAAGUGAUUUUUCGGCCCAUGCAGCAAUUUCCACUACUGAGCCAUGUCUACUUUUACUGCAGUCCUUCAGAUCACAACCAUCCAGUAUUGGCAUUAACAUUUUUCAGUUUUAAUAUGAGCAAUCUAGUAUUUGCAUAUCUUUAAUUGUGUGCCUAGAAAAGUUUGAUGUCAAGAGAAAAUCUGAACAUGUCAAAUCUAUACAACUUGGAGGCUGCGGGCCAGGAAAACAUCGAUUUAUGAAAAUCUGAUAUGACUUAAUAAAAGCAGCCAAGCCGCGGAUGUUCUUUGCAGUGCUGUACAUACGAUUGGCAAUGAGUCGCACAUUAUGUGAUCCAGAUUGUAUAAAUGUGGAUGGUUUUGCGCAGGUUACAUAAGCCCGUGUUGAUGUUGCAAGGCUACAGAACAAAUUCAUUGUGUCACAGUGUUAGCGGUCGUGUUGUUCGUGAACCGCAGAGCUUCACUUGUGGUUGUGGAAUGCAUUUUGCUUUCUCUCCCUCUAUUUCCCCUCGCCUCUUGCCCACACACAUAUCCACCGAGCAGCUGGGCUGUUUUUUUUCUCAGCUGUUGGCUACAACGCUGGGAUUCCAACAGAAAAUAUAGUCCACGGUGGCCCGGCAUGACAUCAUCCAGCCCUGCUUGUACCUACAACAAGCCCCGAGUUGAUUGCAAUUCUUCUGUGUAAACUUUUGCUUAGCUACGUUGCUUGCAUCUCCGUGCCAAAACAAACUCCAUCCUGCCUCUCGUCAUUCUGUAAAUCGAGUGGAAAUGAAUACAAAGCAGCUAGAUAGCAUGUUAGCUGUGAUGUGUCAGUGCUGAGGCUUCUAAAAUCAGCCUGCACGGAGAACUAGACAUUGCUUGCGGUUGGGAAUCAUCAAAGUUGUGCUAUUAUGGUCAAGAGGGCUUAAAUUAGUGGUCUGUCAAAGCUUAAACUUUCUUUCUGUGAUGUCUUAUUUUGGAAAACAGAUGUUGUAGCGCCGUUAGAGUUUUACUGACAAAGUAAAUGUGUUAAGAGGCUUUUAUCAGAGAGUAAUAAAGAGUUUAGGAGAUGUCUUUGAAGUUCUUCCUGAGGGUUCACAUAGUUAAAGAGCUAAUUUUGGAGCCUUGUUUUCUGCUUUCAUUAUUUAGUUUCAUUAACUUUCUUGUCAUUCCAAUUUUACCCAAAUCCCUGUCCCUUCCUGUCUUCAUUUCCCUCUCUUUCUUCCUCCUCUUUCCCCCUCUGCCUUUGUCCCCUUUGUAUCCCAGAAUGCAUACCCCAGGCCUUUAGUAUACCGCUGUCCCAGGUCAUCGCCAAUGACAGAACACAUAGGCAGCGACAGGACGGCUAUCGCCAAGACCCGCCACAGCGUGAGGAACACAAGGACUCCUCUGACCUUGUAUCGUCCAUUAUACAGGUCAGUUUACAGAUUUAUUGAAUCAGAAAAAUUGUGCUUUAUGAGCCAAAAACCUGAUCCAUCUCUGGGGUUGUCCACCCUGCAGUUCGCCACUAAAAGGCCCUCCAAUAAGGAAUUAUCAAGCAGCAACUCGUCUUUGAGCUCUACAUCUGAGACAGCCAAUGAGUCAACGUCACCCAACACGCCUGAGGCUGCACCACGAGCACGCAGGAGGGUAAGACAAAGCCGUGCUUAAUCCUAGUCUGAGCUCGAGACCAGGAAUUGGUUGUUUUCUUUAGUUUAAACCAUCUGCAUACAAUGUGCUUCCAACCUACAGGGAGGCAUGUCAGUAGACUCCAUCACAGACCUGGAUGACAACCAGUCCCGUCUGCUGGAAGCCCUGCAGCUUUCUCUGCCCACUGAGACGCCGAGUAAAAAGGAAAAGCACCGGGACAAGAGGCUGAGCCUCAAUCCCAUUUACCGGCAGGUGCCACGGGUGGUCGACAGCUGCUGUCAGCACAUUGAAAAAUACGGUGAGCGGCUGUUCUCUGGUGCUACUUUAAUAGAUCUUUGAGGUAAUUUUUGGCUGUCAUCCUGAAGUUUUGGAGUUUGUUUCCAUUUCUACUCAGGUUUGCAGACUGUGGGGAUCUUUCGAGUGGGAAGCUCUAAGAAAAGAGUCCGACAAGUGAGUGAUUUUGAUUAGACACAAAGAUACUGGAAGGUUUCUCUUAGCUUUUCCAAUUUAAAUGGAACGUUUUAAUGGCUCAUUCUUCACAUGUCUUGGCUAGUCCAUGUGGAGCCUCUUUGGUAAGUGAGGGUCCUAAAUGUGUCUUCCCAAUCAGACUUUUGUAAUACUUUACGGACCCUGCCAGACUCGGGACAUUUGGGCUGGGUCAUGAUUUGUAUUGCCGCUAACUACUUAGGGGUACAGUAUAGACCUGGAGGGAACCAUAUCAACACAGCUUGGUUGAUCCAUGUGGAGGAUUCUCAGAAACUGAGGACAAAGUAGACUACGCCCUAUUAUUGUAUUACCACUUGGUCAUCAGUAAUAGAUCAUGAGCCCUAAAGUGAGCAGUUAAGGGUCCUACAUCAACAGAUUUUGGCUGAACCAGUUGGAACCCUUUGGAACAUUGGGGCUAAAAAGUCUUGGCCAUGGAUAUGUACUACCAGUGGUUCUAGAUUACAAUAAUAAGGUCCCUAUAUAAACAUAUGGAGCCUCUCAAUGGCCCAUAAUAACAAAAUAGCCCCAAACUGUCCACUUUCAACCAAUUCUGGCCCACCACGAGUUUCCUAUUUCAUGUUCACGUAAUACUGAACAACCCACGUCAUUUCCAUCCUCAUCAAACCAACUGCUUAUUUCACUACUCUGAUUUCCUGAAGUAGCCUCUCAUGUCUUUUAACAACAAACCAGAGUCUAUAUUUGCAGAAUUUGGAAUGACUAAUGUGUUCAAUGUCAUUCACACUUUCUUUUCAAACCAUGGCAGUCAACAGCAACAAAGAAAACCGCCUUGCCAAGAAUAGACUGUGAGAUAAACAACACUGUUUAUCCGAGAAAGUGUUUUUGUGAAGUCAAACGUGCUAAAACUUCCUCUCUAGCUGUUGCUACUGUUUUCAUGCAAUGGAUAUUUCAGUCAUCUCUAAUAUCUAGUUCCAGUGAAUACAAACAAAUAUGUUAUUAGUAUUGAUAUUCAUUAGUAAGUAACGUAAAUAUGAUGUUCAAAUGAUGUUAUCUUGAUAUUUCUAAACCCCCUCUUCCUCUCUUUCUUUUUUCUUCCUUCCUCUCUUUCAGCUUCGUGAGGAGUUUGAUCGCGGCAUUGACGUCCAGCUGGAUGAAGAGCAUAGCAUUCACGAUGUGGCAGCUCUGUUGAAGGAGUUCCUCAGAGACAUGCCGGACCCUCUUCUUACCAAGGAGCUCUACACAGCCUUCAUCAACACCACAUGUAGGCAUCGCCUUCUUCUCAUCUUUUACUCCUUUUUUUAAUUUCGUCUUCUAAUGAAUCCAUCCUGACCUGUGUUACAGUGCUGGAUUCCGAUGAGCAGCAGAUUGUUAGUCAGUUGUUAGUCUACCUGCUCCCAGCAUGCAACAGCAACACCCUCCAUCGCCUCCUGGAGUUUCUGUCCACUGUGACCGACCACGCUCAAGACCGGCUGGACAAAGACGGACAAGAGGUGAGCUCCAGCUUUGACAAAACAGGAAAUAUGAUUCAGGGAAACCUUCAAAUGAAUCCAAAACCAAGGUCUCAAAUAAGGACAAGAAGUCCAAAAACAUCCAAAAGGUUGUUUUGCUUUUAGUCGCCCGCAAACACGUGCAAACCCUGUCCUUGUGUUUCCACCUCAUUUGGAGGAAACUAGCACUGGAGUGAUAAGAACCACUCUGAGUGGUUUUGUAUUUCUCCAGGCCCAUUAGGCCUGAAACAGCACAAAUCAUCUCUUUCCAUGUUUUUCACAGCUCUAGUAAAGACAGUUUGAUGCCUUUUUAUGGCGCUAUAGUGAGAUAUCUGAAAUCACGGGAGCUGCCGUUCACCAGACCUAAAAACCUUGAUCUUCCUUGUCUGGGGUAUCACUUUUUUAGACAUCUGAGAACCGUUCAUGGAAGAGUGGAUAAUGUUGUAAAUAAGGAAGAGAGUGAGGAAUGACAUGGCUUAACCUGAGGCUGCGAAUUUGAGGACCGCAACAGGGCGACGUGCUUAAUAGCAGACUGCUUGUUUAGCUGUCCCAGUGUAAGGGCUGCAGUCUUUGGAGGACCAAGCCUUCAAAAGGACAUUGAGUUUGAGGGACCCAACUUUUGAGGGACCUAGUCUUUGAAAGCCCCAACUUUUGAGGCUGACGCUUACAUCCUCUGUCCUUACGCAAAGUGCCACUCUUGUUGCUCAGCUAAUGACUAUUUCUGGUGUUGAUUAUUAAGUUGUAUUUGUCUUUCAUGAUAGAGAUAAAAAAAUAAGGUUGUUUGUUCUCCUUAUAGCUUCAGCACCAGAGUAUUUAUUCUCCUUUGAGUGGACACACCAAACUCAAAUUACUGUAAUUGACUCCUGAACCACGGACACAUGGACUCAAGCAUGUGUGUGAGAAGAGAAACUUCACUUAGGUGUGAAUCUCGCCUCUCUAAGGGAAUGUUUUCCUCGAAUGUGUAUAUGUGAGAGAAGCAGAGGGUGUGUUUUGGCAGGUUUAUGCACAGAUGGAAGUAUGUUUUGUUGUUUCUGCGUCCCUUCACGACUCAGCGGCUGCGGUAUCUGCAUCUGAGAUCGUGACGGGAAGUAGGAGCUUUUCGCACUUGGCAAAAAGAAACACUUAAAUACUUUCAGCCACGAGUGGAUCCCAUCUCUCCUCUGGGACUGGGAGUGGUAAGGGAGGAAACUGGGAAAGAAUCAGAAAAAUGAAGUGAUCACUGAAAAUGUUGUCCAUACGCUGAGGAGCUUGUAACUUCAGCUGCUAGCUGUGUCACAGGAUGCAAAGCAUCAGCCAGCUCUCGAGGAGACGGAUUCAGCUGUAACACUGCAACACUUUUAGCGCUAACAAACCCCAUGUGCUUGAGUGACAAAACCAGAGAGGGCAGACGUGACAGGGAUACAGAAUGGUCGGGGGAGAGGUGAGAAAACAACAUGAGAGGGUGGAUAGAGGAUGGAGAUGUAAGAAAGGACUGGACAAGACAGGAGAGAUUAUGAGUCAGAAGAAGGGAGAGGAAAUAUCUCUCGCAGCAGAACACUGACGUUGUUUCUGAUUCAUAAUUCCAUUUUUAUCAAGCUAAAUGCUCUCCGACGCUGAGAUUUCUGACAAUGUAGACUGUAUGUACAAAGAUCCACCAGAGUCCCUUAAAAGAUCCGUAACAGUAUCUAUCAGUCAUUCCUGCUUUUGUGGCCACGACUGCAAGACUUCUAGGAAUGUUAUCGUCCUAAAAAACUACUAUCAUGAUCUGAAUAAAACAUAAUUUAAAGAAUAAUCAUAUGCAAAUGAAGCACUUCUAUUCAAAGAACAUAACAAUUAAAAUAUCAUGCAGUCUGCUGGAUGUAAAACAGCUCUCUUAGAGAUCCAGAUGCUUGUUAUUUUGAGACUUAAAGCUCUGUGGCAACAAGUUUAAACGCUAUUCGGCUGUGAUUUUAUGUCUUCAUACUAAAUACUUUUUUUCUCUAAAACAACAUUAUAAUUAGCGAGUCUAAUUUGGCGAGUCUUCCCCAUUUUCUAAUGAGAACACACACCGCAAAUAGCAAAUUUAAAAGCAUGAAUGGUGUUCCUCAUACAGCUAAACACCCUUAAAACUAGUCAAUGUUUUGUGCUACAAACAGAAACCAAACAACUUCCAGUUCUUACAUCUGGUCCUGCUCUUGUUAACUCUGCAUUUUUAAUGAAUGCCAACCUCUGGGGUUAAAAAUAAAACCAAUGUGGUGAGUUGGGGUCAACUGGUUGAUGGUUUGGGCCAAUAAGUGGGCCGAUAUUCAGCAUUCAAGGAUAUGAAACAAGGUUUAUAUGUUGGAGUGCAAUAAUCUAAGCUUUAAAUUGUGACAUUAGCAUUAGUUCCAAAAAUCAGUUCUUGGUCCCAUGGACUACUCAUUAUCAAUAUUGACCCUGAAAAAUCUGUAUUGGUCGACCCCUGUCCAGGUUCUUAAAACUCACUUAUUCGAAUUCCUCUGAUUUAUCUUUCCAAAUGCAGAUCACUGGGAACAAGAUGACAUCGUUGAACCUGGCCACCAUCUUUGGCCCGAACCUGCUCCACAAGCAGAAGAGCUCGGACAAAGAGUUCAGUGUCCAGAGCACAGCCCGGGCGGAGGAGAGUACAGCCGUCAUUGCAGUGCUCCAGAGGAUGAUCGCCAGCUACCAAACCCUCUUCAUGGUCAGUAACCCUUGCUUCCGCCACUGAAUCACUCACUCCUCCGCUAAACACGUACUUUCCCUCUAGGAUUCUUGUGUGGGCUUAAGGUAAGAUGAUCCCUCUUGGCUCAGCAGACAAUGGUUGGGUCUUUGUGAAAAGAAAACAGACUCAUAAAAGAGACAAUAAAGAGAGAAAGCGGGGGAAACAAAGACAAUUCAAGAUGACAAGCGGAUGACGACUGUUUUUUGGACAAAUCAUACCUGAAUUCUUUUGAUAACAUUAUAAAAAGAUAUAAAAAAAAGGUUGAAUCCUGCCAGCUGGCUGACAAAAACAAUGAGUGCCCUUCACUGAGGUUGUUAAAGUUUCUCUUUCCAAAAUAAAAGCAGAAAAUUCAAGCAUGAAAUCCUUCUCGUGGUGUCAGAAGAGGGCACGAUUUUGCACGGAUUAACGCCUCAUCAGUUGCUUUUGUUCCUCUUUGUUCUCAAACAGUGCAGACAGGCAGUUCAGGUCACUUUGGGUCCGAAACCUUAAACCAUGAUGUUUUGUAAUCUGCCACUGCCAGUCCCCCAAGGCUCACAUUCCUCCUGUAAGCCAAUAAAGACGUAUUAAUCACAUAUUGUGAAGUGGGCAUGACUAGCUCAGCCUUCCUGAGUGAAAACAGAUUUGUAGGUGGUUUCAAGUUCCGUGAAUGAUAUCUGAAAGUUGUUUCGUAACACGCUUAUGUUUGGCAAACUCUGCUAUCAAAGCAAUUGAGGAUUAAAAUCUGGAGUAGAAGGUGUCUGGCAAGUUUUCAUAACUCCUAUCCAAAGGUGUCAUGAGUCCAAACGUAGAUACUGAAAUUUUUCCACCGUAAAGCCUUUGUGUAACUAUUUACAGUGAAUCUGAGACUUAUUAGAGGGACACAACUCCAGGUCACGAUACAAAAUGGUUUUCUAUGAUCUAUUGUCAAACAUGAAAUCUCUGUGGUGACAUCCCCAUUAAUUUGUUUCUAGCAAGUCUCAGUUUCACCGUAAAUGGUCAGUGUCAUGAAGGUGCAUUUUAACGAAUCAGAGGAAAAUGGCGAGAAAUUUCAGCAACCAGGAAAACAAGAUUCAUUUCCUGCAGCUUGCACAUUUGGUGGUAGAACAUAUAGGAAUAGGGAAGAAUGGGGUACAUUGAGCCACCCCCUGUUGCUUGGAAAUGGUAAAAUAAAAAGAUCAUGUGACCAAAUAUUUAGGAAAUCUAUUUAGGAGAUUUCCAAAAAAACAUUUUUCACUCUUGAAAGUGAAUUUAGUCUGUCAUAAGUUUUAUUAGAAUUGUGUUCAGACCAAAAAAAGAUCAUUUUAAAUUUAUUUUAUACAUCAAUUGUGGUAUCUAUGAGCUACAACAUGAGGUCAAAAACCUAGAAUAAAAGUCCACCAUUUUAGCUUAGAGGACUAAUAAAUUCUGUUUGGGGUUCUGGGGUAAGUUGAGCCAGUAUCUCAAGUGAGAAAGUAAAGAAGUCUGAUGAGAGGAUCAGAGUUUCAGUUCAGAUUGUUGAAAUGUUUUACUUUUUCUUUUCUAAAAUACAGCUGUGAAUGUUCUGAAUCACUUUAAGUUAUUCUCAUGUUAAAAUGACUUUUUACAAAACAGCUUUUUAGCAGUCAUAUCCAAUAAUAAUAAAAAGAAUUAUUGUACCAGUUGAAAAGCGUAAAAUAGAUAAAAAUAAACAUGAAUGUGAAGAAGUGACUGUUAUUUAGGGAGAAAGAAGGUGAGGGAGGGCUGGGGUGCAGAGUGGGAUUCAACUUACCCCAUCCACGGGGUAAGUUGACCAUAGGAGACCACUUUUUUUUGGCAUGCUAUAUUUUCAAGACAGUUCUGUUGGUGCAGAGAUGCACAAAAUCUUGAAAUAUAUGCAGAUUCACUAGUUAGAGACAAAACUAUGAUUGCCUUGAUGUAGUGAUACGAAAUAUGAAAAGUUGCUCAUCUUACCCCACUCUCCCCUACAUUUAUUUGUAUUCUAAAAGUUUUGUAAAUGACAUAAAAUCAAGAAGAUUAUGAGAAAUGAAUGAAAAAGUUUGAAACCAGAAGUUGGGUUUUGGUUUUAUCCAAGGCAACAAGUGGAGUUUAAUUCAAACCAAGUACACUCUGAUGUCGUGUCCAAGUUAGUGUCCCUUGUGAUGACAAAAAAUGAUUGCCACCAGAUCCCUCUCUUAGAAAAGUUCAUGACCUUAGUAUGAAGUUGUUUUAAGCAGCUUCAGUUCAUUUGAGUGCUUAACUCUCUAAAUGUGAUCCAACAUAUUGCACAAAAAGAGUCCAAAGAUAGAAAACUUUGUCUUUGUCUUUUAGGUGCCUCCUGAUCUGCAAAAUGAGGUUUUGAUGAGUCUUUUGGAGACUGAUCCAGAUGUGGUGGACUACCUUCUGAGAAGAAAAGCAUCACAGUAAGAUUCGCUCAUCAUUUGCUGCGUGGUUUUCCUGCUGCUUCCGCCUCUGCAUCUACAUGUUUCGGCUCUAUUUUUGUCCCCGUUUCACCGCAGGAGCCCUGACAUGCUGCAGACAGAGGAGCCCUUUACCCUGAGCGAGCGCCGCUCCUCCAGCGACUCCAACAAGGCGUCCAGCGGGGAGGUGUCCCCUUAUGACAAUAACUCGCCUGUACUAAGUGAGCGGAGAGGAGAACAGGGAAGUCCGGGCAGCGAGCAGCUCUACCGCGUCCCAGAACACUUCACUCUGCCCGGAGCUGACACUUGGGGUAAUAAAGGUGAAACAAGGCGCUUCCUAACUUCACUCAAAUUGUUUUUUGUCGUUUGUUAGACUUUGAUUUCUACUCAUUUAUGUCUGUGUAACAACAUGUGAAGAAACGUAGAUCUGUUUGGUUCUUUCAGACUCAGUAUCAGAGGAGCAUACGAACAUUUGGGGGACUUGGCACACUACCUUGAAACCAGCACUUAAGGACCAGCCAUACACAGGUAAAAAUGAAGUGCUAGUUUGGCACAGUUUUUGUUUCGAAUAGGUCUCAGUUUCACUGUUAAUUUUCACCCAAGGGCAAGACUUCCUACCACCUAUCAUUAUUUAAAGUUUAAUCAGCAAAUUUAAAGUGAGGUGAAAUUCAUCACUCUGUAUUAUACAAUUGUUUUUGGUUGAUUUGAAUCUGGCGAGUCCUAGUUUCACUGUUACUAAGCACUAGCACACACCAAAUAUGCCCUUUUUUAAAUCUUUGUUUCAGCAGUUCAGGAGGCAACUAUAUGAUCAAGUCAAAAUGAGCUGAAAUUUUCCACUUCAAUAAAGGUUAGCCAUUCAAAGGUUAAUAUUUUUUUGGUGAGUCUCAGUUUGACAGUAAAAGUUGCUCACACAAAGGAAAUACUACCUCAAGCCUAUAGCUGUUUGAACUUAAACAAGCCACUUGAGCAGCGGCAAUGUGUUAAAAGAAAGAAGCAAAUUUGACCCUUCCAGAUUGGUUAAACAAUCAUUUCUUAUUGGUGGCAAGUCUCAGUUUCACUGUAAAUACUCACAAGUGGGUUUUAUCUUGGCUAAUGUCAGUGGUAAGAACCCUAAAAAGGGUUUUUUUCUUAUGAUUUACUUGAAGUUAAAGGGUCCUAAAUUUAUGAGAAUAACAAUAUCCUGAUGCAUGUUUGAAUACUUUUACCAUUUAUUUAUCAAGCAGUGAUUGAUUCCUCUGAUAUGGCCAAUGCUGUGUUUCUAGGUUCCCAUGGGAACAUGUCCGAAGGCAGCUCGCGCAGCUCGCAGGAAGGUCUUGAUGGACUGCACAGCGAUGGCAGGCAACAAACAACGCCACAACGAACUCAGACGGGACCCGGCGUCUCUGAGCUCAGACCCCACGCCCCAGUCACCAGGGUGUGUACCAGCCCUCAUGUCGGACGCCCACGCCUGCAGCUCAACAUCAACGUCCCCGUGACAUCACACCUCAACAGCACACACCGAGCAGGUGAACCUGGACUUAGCCCGGCCUUGAGAUCGCAGGGUGGUGCAAACACUGGUGAUGGUUGCCCCAAGGACAGCCGCAGUCCUCCCCCUUACAAUGCUCACCAUCGACUGGCCGGUACGCAAAGUUCACCUCAGCUGGCAACAGCUCAGCAGCCCCCCCUGCAGCAUGGGAGACUCAAUGCAGGGCAGAGUAACUCAGCUUCAACGACAGAGGCCCAAAUGGUGCCACAUACGCCAGAGUGGCAAGACUGGCAGAGGGACCGGUGGCAGAUCUGGCAACUGCUUUCCUCGGACAAUGCAGACGCACUGCCUGAAACACUAGUGUGA